GUCCAGUCACAAGCUCCAGAGGAAGAGGAGGCUGAGCAGGACAGACGUGUGAAUGAAACUGAUCCGAGUUUCAACUUUGUGUGUUUUUAAAGAGGGGUAAGUGGGGGGAGACGCGCUGUCCUCCUGCACGGUGAUGUUGAGGGGACCGGACAGGCAGCUCCGUGGACUCUCAGCGGUGAUGUCAGCCCCACCGAGGAGCUCCGGGAUAAAGCGCUGUUCAACUGCUGGGCAAUAGAGUGUGAAAUAAAUUGCCUGGCUGCUGAGCUUCGGACACGUUGUCCUUUUUUGUAACCAAAUGUGAGAAGGAGCUCACGUUUCUUGGAGAGAUUCUUCUCGUCCUGGGGCAGAGACGAAGAACUUGGUUCCACUAUCGACCCCCUCGGUCCUCCAUGGACUCUGUUUUUGCUGUGAUUGCUCGGGCCUCUUGUCGCUCGGUUGGACAGCAUCAAAGCGCACAAACCUCUGGCAAAAUGUCAAGGAUGCUGAGAGAAGGAGCGCAGCCCACAGAGAGAGCAGCAUGACUGGCAGCUCUGAGGCGCAGGUCAGGAGUGGAGCUGGGGGAACCUUCGGGCUGUUUUCUUGAGACAUGGGACACGGACUGCCUCAGAUUUGUUUGUUUUCUUGGGUUUCCUUUUCAACGUGACACCGGACUCUCUCUCUCUCUCUCUCUCCCUCCCUCUAUCGCUCUCUCUUACUCGCUGUGUUUGCGCCGUUUUGGCUCUGUGUGCGCCUGGACGCUGUUCCGCUGCUGUACAGAUCGGAUGUAAAUCGGAGUGGGUGCUGCAGUCCUGCUGGGUCUGAACACAGAUUACUGAGGGGGGUCAAGAGAUUUUUUGUUGGGGGGGAAAUCCCCGCCAGGAUCCCCUUUAUUACGCCAUGGAUGACUCGGGGAUAAUACGGCGCCGGAGGCUGCAGGUGAGCUGUUUGAGUCUGUUUGGUCAUCUUCAUCGUCAUGUGAUUGGUCACAUUCACUUUAAAGUCCUUGCCAUUGUUUCCAGCUCUAGAGCACCUACCUUAUUUCAUCACAUCCAUUUUAAAAUAUUUGCUCUCAUUCAUUGUCUAAAAUGUGGAGCUACGGGAUAACGUAAAUCCGAAUGAUGACAAGAUCAACCCACAGAUAGAAAUGCACGAUCCAUUUUUCCCGAUCCAAUCCGAUACGUAGCUGAGAGUAUCGGCCGAUGUCCUGAUCCAAUACGAUUGUUGAAUGAAUGAACUGUAUACCUUGCCCUGUGAGUGAAGGCAUCAGGCUUGACAUUAGCCUUGUUAAAAAAGGUAGCAAAUUUACACAGACAUAAAAUGUACUUAAUAUUAUUUAUUAACAAAUAACAAAUUGCACAUUAGCACACAGCAAAAAGAAGUAAGACGUCCAUGUAAAUAUUUAGUGCAAAAGGAUAGACAGACAUAGAAUAUGGAGAGAACAGAAUCGCUGUGUUGCUGUGUAUGAAAUUUAUUAAAAGAGAAAAAAAAGACUUGAUUGGAACGCUGGAUCUGAGUCAUUCAUCAGAUAUCUGAUCCAGGUAAUUUGUCAAUAUCGGAGCCGAUAUCCAAUCCAAAUAUCUGAUCGGUGCAUCCCUACCCACAGUUACUCUAAUUAUCAUCCAUAUAUCCACAUAGUCUCUGAAGUUGAUUUUCUUCCGAUACUUGGUGUAGAUCAUGGCUUUGUUGCUUUUUAUAGCCAUUUAAAAUGAAUGAAGACACCAAAAUACAGUAUAUGUCACAAUUCGCAUGAAUCAAUUUCAAAAUGAGGUUCAAUUGUCAAACAUAUAAGAAUAUGCUAGAGUGCAAAACUGAACACAGAAAUGAAUUAAGAGUAGAAGGCCCUAUUGCAUUACUGACCUUAGACAUAUAUAAAAAAAUGUAUAAAAGAAGGAAAAACAUAAAAAUUGUCAUGGAAGAGCUGCAUAUCCCAUCUGUGGCGAUUUGUGGUUUAAUCUGUAAAUCGUUAAAAAAUAGACUAAAAGAGACAUUAAAGUAUCAAUUAAACAAAAGCAACAUCUUCAAACUGCCUUUUUGUGUUGGACAGUAUGUCCUAAUCAAAAGACAUUUUGUUCAUUGUGGUUCACCAUCUUUGUAAAGAGGCAGACCAUCAUUUGGAGAACUAAUUUUGACCCAUUGAUUAGCAUAUUUGAAUAGCUGAUCAUUGAUUUAAUUGAGCAGGAAGGCAGGUGUGUGAGCUUUGAUUGCAGUAUAAUGUUCUGUGGUCUAAUUAUGACACUUAAACCAAAUCAAAGCUCACUGUGGGGGUCAGCUGUUGAGUGCAUUGCAGCAAAAUGACCCAGUUGUGUAAAGAACUAUAUGUCAAAUACUGUAGGAGAUAACCUCAUCUAUUGCAGAUUUUGUGUAAUUUGGCAUGAGUUAAAUUGUGGAUAUUUUGUUUCAAGUAUCUAUGGUUAAGUUUGUUAUGUCAUAUCUAAGCCACAUUGCAUAUUUUAUUUUAACUUUGAAAGAGUUUCAGGGAUUUGGUGAAAACACAACCUAUUUAUAUGACUGAAUGACACAAAAAUUGAUUUUAAUAUUGUAUCAAACUAUUCGAUGCAACACAUUACAGUGAGACAGGAUAUGAUGAGACAGAGUAUGAUGAUACGUGAUUUGAUGACAUACUUUCUGGUCAAAGAUGACUCGAUUAAACUGAAAUCGAUAUGGCACAACAGGGAAUAAUAAAUAUAGAUUCAUGAGGAAACAAUUCACUUUAUUGAUUCUGGCUUUACAUGUAUAACAAACCAAUAUUACCAACAUUGUUAAUGUCUGACCCGAAAAUUGACAUAGCAUGAUUGAAUUUAUGAUUAGUUAAAAUGAGUAAAAGUACAUCAUGACCCUUUAUCACACACUGAACAGCCUAGAGAGGUGAAGUGAUUGAGAAGUGAAUACAAAGGAGUUUUUAAAGCUGUUCAGUUUGGAGGAACUCUGUGUGCCCAAUUUCAAGAUCUUACACUCAGCAGAGGUCGUUCAGCGGGUCAGACAACACUUAUUGCUUGUCUGAGAACAGACAGCUCAUUUAUUGAGCUAAGGGAGAGAUGCAGUUAUUUAGGUGCAGUUGGUAUAAGGCACAGAGUUUGUGCUUUUUACCAAUCGUCAUGUGAUUUUCAGUUUGUUUUGGACAUUACAAGAUGCUGUACAGUCAACAUGUAAUAUUCAGUCUUGCUGGUGGGUGUGUCAAUGUCACCCAUCAUGGCUUUAAAGCUCAUUUUGGUUCAUUUUGUAGCUUCUGUCAGCUGCACAGUCUCUCUGUGAUAAAUUGUCACUCAUGCAUACAAGUAAGCAAGUUCAAAUGACUGUGUGUGCAUCCAUUAUGGAGCAGCUUGCUUAACCAUGGGUCAUACACCCCCCCACCCCCACCACCUCCCUCACCCUUCCCCCUCCAUCUUUGUGUGACUCAGUCAAGUGUACUAAGCAGAGAUGAGCAGCCUCCUGUGGGCAUGUGUGCAUGUGAGUGUGUGUGCAUUUAUUUUUAUAUUUAUUUCUUUUCUUUGUCUUUGAUAUGGAGAUUUUUGACCAUAGUCACAUGUCAGCUGGAGGCUUAAAUGUUGUUAAAAUGUCACAUUUUGUUACUGUUACAGGUGGUGUAAAUUCAGGGUCAGAUAGAUAUUUCCCUGCACAUGGAUAAACUAGAUAGUUUAAGACAAUUAACAGUAAAAUUUUGCAGGGAAAUCUGCUCAUAAUUUAUGUUCAAGUUUUAACAACAUGCUGGAUAACCAAUGAACUCGGACAGACAACAGCAAGUGUAAGCAAAAUAUUACCAUAAAAUAGAAAGUGUUUAUAUCAGCUGAUCUACAGCAGCACUGUUACAUCAUACAAUACAAUAAGAUAGGUGUCAUUUUUGACUUUCAAAUAUUAAUCCUGCUAAAAAUCAGUCCAAAUGUCACAUUUUCAUAAUCAGCGGUCAGGGGCAUGCUUGUAGAUCUGCCAUCAGUUUCCAGUGCAGUCUUAAUGACCACCCUAAAUACAUAUGUAUCACUGCUUUUUUGCCUUAUCAGUGGGUUCACCACAGACUGUAUGAAAAAUGGACGUAGUCUCUGUGGCAUUACCCAUGGUUUCUGGAGAGAUUUUUAAACUUAGGGAUGGUUUUCACCAUUGGUGUGGAUUAUUGUCCUCAUAUAGACAGCUACAAUGCAUUAACUUGUACAUCAACCCAGCCCUGACCCUAGUUACACAAAUGCAUGUAUCACUCUAACCCCUUAUAUACUUACCUUGAAUAUAUUCAUCCCCUUUGAGUGUGUACAGGAGCUGAGCUGCAUUCCCCAAAGAAAUUUUAACUUGGGUGUCAACAUGUUUAAUCUGGUAGUAAAAAUAGACUUUUUAACAUGGGGCCUACUGGGGCUUUCAUGGCUUUUAGGAUCAGCCUCAAGUGGUCACAUAUGGAACUGCAGUUUCUUAGCACUUCCAGACUGGCAUCGUUAUCCAAUAAUGAAGCUUAUUUUAGUAUUACACAAUGCAGUAAUUUAAUUUGAAUAUGCACAUUUGAAUACUGAGGGUGAGCUGGACAUCAAGCAGAGGGGUCUCGUCUCAGAGAGAUGCUCUCACCAGCUCUGCAGCUGUGCAUGGAUUGCAGGACAGGAUGUUGCUCUACUUUUCUCCAUCAGACAUGGUUCAGGUCCAGCAGCUCCUCAGGCUGCUCUCACAUCUGCGCUCAAAAACUGUCAUUAUCUCCCUACUCUCAAGGCCAGCCUCAGAUAAAGACAUGGCAUUGCUAUGUCUUAGCAUCUUAUGUUAGACAAGCUCUUAAAUAUGCUUUUUAUACGUUUUUUUCUUUUUUUUUCUUCAUUGUCUUUUAUGUUGCUGAUUAUGAUAAAACAGUUGAACGAAAUUAGUUGUCACAAGUUUUAAUCAAGAUGACAGAACAACAUAACCACAGCAGUGUUACAUUACGGCAUGUUAGCUUCAAACUCCGAGCCCUGCAUCAGAGUAAACUGGCCGUCAGUUAAAUGUGGUUAAAAUAUUAAAACUAUAAAUUUACAGCACAUCAGUGAGUGUUUUAAAUUGCUUCUUUGAGCUGCUAGGAGACAAAUUGACCCUCAUUACAGUAAAAAAAGAGGGAUAAGUGGGAGGAAAGAGGGUAUAAAGGAAUCAGAGGAGGAUUAGCAGUGAGGUGUACCAAUGGUUUCAUGUUUCAUCAUCCUCACUGCUCGGCUCGCCGCUUUUCUGCUGUGAUAUAUGACAGGAGCUGCAAAGGAAUUAAUCACAGUAGAGUCAGACUCACAAAGUCACUGGCAUUUUUUAGAUACAGGCACGGCUAGACCAAUGAUUAGGUGUGUGUCGCUGUGGGUAGACGUGUGCAAGACAGAGUGUGGACCUGCAGCUGAAACGUGAAAGUGAGUAUUUCCAAAAAAAAAAAAGCAGAGGGGCAACCUCAAAGACAAAAAAGAUAGAGCUUGGAUAUGAAAGAGCAAAGUUUCUAUUUAUUUAUAUUCUCCGGUAGAAACAGGUUCCCAUUAAAAUCCAAGCUCUGAAAUUAUUGCGCAAGAAAACGACUUUAUCUUGAAGGAGGGCGGCGUGUCAGGCGGCAUUGUGACAUUGAGACUUUUCCCUCUAUUAUUUAUGUAUCAUAAAAACUGUAUCCUUCCAAACAGGGGCGCUGUCAGGGAGUUUUGGCCUUGUGAAAAAUACAGACUCAGCAUUUUUUUUUUUACAUUUUCAGGGCUCCUGACAGUCAUGAGUCAAUAGAUAUAUUCCUGCAUAAAAAUUAUCUGGGACAUAAAAAGGAGUGCAAUAAAUGAGGUGAUAGGUGAAGGUAGUAAAAAUGAAAAAUAAAUCACACUUGCAUAUUUGAAUAAUGGGGUAAAUCAAUAAAGAAUACCACAGAAGAAGAAUUUAAAACAAAGGGUCUUUAAACUGCAAAGAUUUAACAUGACUGGAGUUUUUAUGUCUCAACAGUGAUAUAAACUAUUUCCACGUACAUAUAGCGUAAUAACAACAAUAAGACAGUCAGAUAUUAACGUCCCUGUUCCACAUGGACGUUUAAACCCCAUGUGUCAUCAUUACACGCGUGUCUGCGCUCGUGCGUUGACAUGUGAUUGGCUCUGCGUGUCUCUUCAACUGCCUCUUCACUCCCCCGGGUCUCAUCAUCCUAACCGUCACUCUCCCUCUGACACACACUCACAGACACACACACACUCGAAAACACACACAAUCUCGCUGCACCAUAUGGUGACACACCCUACCCCCCUGCAGUGAGGGUCAGGGGUCACACCCAUGAUGCAUUGCUCUGACAUGACUAACAUGAGGCCCUGCUGCACUCUGUGACUCUGGAUUUGGCUCAGAGGUAUAUGUGUGCAGCCUCGUCUUCCAAUAUAAAGCAGUUAUUAGAAAUGACAGUAACUUUAUAAAGUAUGAUCAAACUGAGGCUCAGAUUUUCUCUGAAAUAUCUGCUCAGCUCACUCAGCUGUUUGAACAGCCAGGAGGUUAAUGUUUUAAUGCAGUCCCCUGUAGCUAAGACCUUAAAGUGGAGUAUAUUCUGUCCCCUGCUGUAAGACAAACCCAUAAAAGUCCAUUUCCUGUUGUGUCCUUAGAGUCAUCUUGCAGGAAAGCUUGUGUAAUAAUGAAAUGGCUUUAAAUGAGCUGCGGGCCUGUAAAACAGACUGCUGCUUUGUCAGGACCGGCUGGACAGUCUGAUCAUUUAGAGGACUAGAGAAAUGGAGGGGAGUGGAACGAAGACGAACAAAGAGGAUCGAUCAAAGCUCAGACAGAGAGCGGACCUGUCAUCUUCUGCAGAUGUGACUGACUGACCUGUCUGUGUUUGACGGAUAGAAACGGCAGAGGGGCUGAUGGUCUGGGAUGAGCCUAAAGAGUGAUGAAUCCUCCUAUGGUCCAUUGGUGCAGCCAUUAAUUUUACUCCCACAGAUGAGUCUUGCCAUCUUCUCUUCACUCCAUUCCUCUGAGCAAAGACAAAGUCUCCAGGACUCUGCUUGACUCAAGGCUCACUACCUGUCCACUGGACCCAAUCCCUACACACCCUCUGCCGACCAUUUUACCUUCUCUUAACCCCGCAGUUACCCACAUCAGGCCAGGCCAAGUUGAUGAUUACAGAUCAGUUUCCCCUCUGCUUUUUCUUUCCAGUGGUUUGUGUCCUAUCUCAAAGCAGGUGUUUUGCAGUAUCAUGGAGAAGAGAAGCGUUAAAAACCACAUUGCCUAUCAAUAGGGGUUCCUCAAGGGUUGAUGCUUGGUCCCCUACUUUCCUCGCUGUACACCAUCUCAUUCAGUGCUAAUUUCAUGGUUCCUCAUAUCACUGUUAUGCAGAUGAUACCCAGCUUUUUCGGUCAUGACUGUCCUAGCCUGAAGCUCAGUAUCCAGCUUAGAUCAAAUGAACUUGUGCCAACUAAGUCUGCUCAGAAUCUAGGUGUCAUGAUUGAUUAUCAAUUAGCCUUUCAGAUUCAUGUUGCCUUGAUUGCUCAGUCCUGCCAAUUCACCCUCUAUAACAAUAGUAUGAUCAGACCCCUUCCAGACACGACAUACAACACAGCUCCUGGUACAGGCUCUUGUAUUAUCACUGCAUGCAUAGUCAAACCUCUACAAAUGAUCCAAAAUGCAGCAUCCCGUCCCGUCAGCUCAUGUCACUCCGCUGUUUAACCUCUCUCUACUGGUUUCCAGUAACAGCCUGCAUCAAAUAUAAAACCCUACUUGUUCCCUACAAAACUGCAAAGAAAUCAGUUCCUGUCUACCUUCAGUCCCUCAUUCAGGUCUACAUUCCCCUCACUACGCUCUGUAAAUGAAAGGUGUCUGGUGGUCCCAUCACAGCAGGGCCCUACUGUAUGCUACUAGACUCCUCUUCCCUGUUAUCCCAGAUCGUGACUGAAUUACCAAACUCUAUCAGAGUCUCUCAAGUCUCUUUCUACCUUUAAGAAAAAGCUAAAGACUCAGCUCUUUAGAGAACACCUAUGCACUUCAAUUCAGCUCUCAUCUUCUGUUGUCCCGAGUGGUUGUAAGAGUUAUAAAAUCGCUUUGAUCUAAACAGACCCCUUCUUCUUCUGAAGCUGUUUUUAAAUCAGCUCACCACUGGAUAGUUUGGUGAUGAUGAUGAUGAUGAUGAUGAUGAUAAUGAUGUCUAUGUCUUGAAGCAGUUUGUGGCAUUUACUCAUGUCGUUUCCCUCUGUCUAGAUCUUGCUUGUGUUGUACUUACUCUUCAACGUACAUUGCUUUGGACACAAGUUUCUGCUAAAUGAUACUGGAACACUGUAACACCCAAAGCCUUGACACUGGUUGGCAAAUACUGGCGUUUUAUGGAGUCCUUUUAGCGUCUCAUGAGCUUACUAGCAUGGCACUGAGGUUCACAGUUCUUGCAUCAUAACAGCAUUGCUCGGUGUAGGUUUAAACAGGGUUCAUUUUGUGAGAAUCAAUAUCAGGAAGGAAAGGAUGGUGUUGGAACAUUUCUACAGGAAGAGAUUUCUAUUUAUUCCUGCACACUGUUGUCAGGAUUAAAAAGGGAAUUACUUUAUAAGCUCAAACCUCAUCUCUCUUCUGUGGAGAACAUUGCCAACCCUGCAUAAAAGGAGCCGUAGCUUCCCGUGUGAGAGAGGUGUAAAUAUUGUGUGUGCUUUCUAAUCUGUGAUCGGUGAGCAUGUCAUGUCUGUAACAGAGCCGCCUGUCUGUCGUCACCCUUAAACACCGCCAGACUUCAUUAACAGGACUCACAGAGCAUUAAGCUCUAUACCCGGCUCCCCAUCUGCCUCCUUUUCUCUCUUCAAACAAUCUUUUCACAUGCUGUGACGUGGCAAAUGAAGCUGUGCAGUGAGCAAUACAGCGAGGCGUUGUGAUGCGCUAAUUAUACCACAGGAGAGCCAAGACACAGAUUGUCCUGACUUAAGAGCGUGUGUUGAAGGGGGAAAAACGAAGAAGAUCCAAUUCUUCCCUUUAUUUUUUGAAGUAGUGGGAAGGUGAGUCACAAGUGCUUGACACACCCUGACUAUUGUGCUUAUUUCCUGCACAAUUACCAACAUGUUACUCAUCCAUUUACCUCUGAGUUCACACUCAUAGUGGGAGGCUGUGAUAUUAAGGGAUGUCUCAAUCAGCUUUUUUAGUCUUUGUCUGCUGAAACCAAGUCCUGAUUUGAUUAGUUAACAAGUCAUUUUUUUUUCAGAUUAUGACUUAUUUUGCAUAAUUAAUUCCAACGCAAUACAGAUUUAUCAUCAACACCCCAAAGGUACAACACCAUAACAUAAAAGUGAAGGGGUUGUGUAAAAUGUUAAUAUGAAUGUAAUUUUGUGGUUUUAAAUUAUUUGGGGUAAGGCUGAUGACUGUUAUUAGAUGGCUGUGAUCUUUGGGGACUUCAGAUGGCGCUGCAUUAAAAGCAGACAUGACUCUGGAGUGGAAAUCGUCACAGUGACUAAAAAUCACUUCCAAAAACCAUUGUCCAUGAACAAAGUUUGUUCUUGCAUCCAUUAGUGCAGAUUGAAACCAUAUAUGUAUUUAAAAAUGAUCCAGGGGCCCUGACAACUUGGUGGUCUUAGCAUCUCUCAUAUAUCCCACUGAGCAUUUUUUCAUCUAAAAGAAGUCUAAUAGACAUCUAAAUGUAGUUUAGACAACUGGUCUAAAAUCAGGCUACCACAGGUCUACAAAUUAAUGGUUUUUUUAGACGUUUAAAUUUAGUUCAACUGUAGACGAAGUCUAAAUAUGGGCUAUAUCUAUACCACACUGUACUUAAUUGCUUAACGGCUAUCAUAAUUAUUUUGGUUAAGUACUUGGAGAUCAGUUAUGCAACUCACAGUUGCUUUUUGAAAUAAAUAGUUAUCAAAUAAUGGGUUAAAUUGCAACGUCUAUAGCCGUCCAAAAAUAUACAGAAUCUAGAUGGUUGAAGUUAGGUCUAAAAAAAAAAGAAACUAGCCGUCUGAUAGCCGUCUAUUGCUCAGUGGGAUGCUCUGCUAUCCUAAGAUGUCUUAUCUUGUGAAAGCAAAAAAUGCCCAACGAGACAACAACAACAAAAAACAUCAGGCCUUGGCCAAUUCAAGAUAAGACGGAUUACAAGUUGACAUUGACAUUGGCUUUAUCAAUGGUGAUAGUAUGGGGAUUAGAAGUGUCCAUGGCCUGGAUAGCUUACAUAUCUGUGAAGGCUCCAUUAAUACUGAUGAAUACACAAAGGUUUUGGAGCAACAUAUGCUGCCAUCCAGGCAAUGACUUUUCAUGAAGGACCUUGCAUAAUACAGCAAGAAGAUGCUAAACUACAAACAGUAUGGUUCAGUAGUAGAAGGGUCCUGGUGCUAAACUGGCCAGCCUGCAGUCCUGACUUGUCACUUAUUGAAAAAAUUUGGCGCAUCAUGGAAAAAAGUACAAUAAAGGGACUCUGAACUGUUCAAAAAUUGUUAAUCUAUAUCAGGCAAGAAUGGGGAAACCCUUCGUUUCAAACAUCUGAUGGCUGUGAUUGGGAUUGGGACACCCUUGGUCAUAAUAUCCUUCAACUGUCCAAGAAAUGGCUGCCAUGUUUGAUGGUGAAAAUGAGUCGUCACUUUUUGACCUUUCUGCAAAUAAAAGUGGAAGAUCAUGAUGAAAAUUCAUUACUGAUGUUGCACCAAUCACUAGAUUUGUAAUGUGAAAGUGAUGACUACAGGGGACGUCUGUAAUGGGUUGGUAAAGGCUACGUCACAUGAGGGUUUAAUAAUUUAGUUAAAAAAGUACAGAGACAUAUUAGGGUUUCUCUCAUGCUGCAGAUUUAUCAGGUUAGACCCUCAUUUUUUUUUCUACUGAGCAGCUACGACUCUUUUUAAUUCAAGAGCAUCGUCAUCAUUCUUCCCAUUUGUUAUUCCAGACACCAGCAGAGGACUUUGAUUAAUGUGCCAGCUGGAUCUUUUAAUGCUGAGACAUCUCUGAGCAUUAAAAAGCUCCACAGAGGGACAUCAGACAGACACUGAGCAGAUGUCUACAGGUCUGGAUCCAGAAACAAAAGAGCUGUGGCAGUACACUCUCUUUCUCUCAGGUGUAGAGCUUUCUUUUUUUUUAACUGAAUCCAAAUCAUUCAACAUGUUCAUCAUAUUCAUUCAGCUGCCAUUUCCUCCUGAAAUCACACAUUUAGAAUGGGAAGCUUAACCUUUGUUUAAACAGAACAGUGCUGGGCCUUUAAGAUGUAAGACACAGAUGUAUAACCAAUAAUUUAGAGAUAUUUCAUUCAAUUAAAAAAUGAGAAUCACAACUGUACAGAAACAUUGUAGUUGACACAAGUUUGAGCAACUUUAUAGAGACCAAUCCUCAAUUUCCACCGUGUCUGGAACGGCUAGGAAAAGGCCGUAUCUGCCGAUCAUCGCUGAUCGUAACCAUUUAAGUUAUUGCGUCAAUUUCCACCGGCUUCUUUAUGUUCUGCUGUGGAUCGCCGGACUUCACAGUUGAUCGCAAGAGUUCUAUUUUUUCCGGACGCCGGAGCAUGAUGUUUCUGUGCCUUAUUAUUCCUGUUCCUCUGUAGUCUUGUCUUGUGAGAUUUCAGUUUGUGUCUGACCCCGUUUCCUUCAUGUUCUCAUUGUUUUUUUCUGUAUAUCAGUGUUCAGCGUUUCCUGUUUUAUUCUCUGUGUUUCUAGUCUUGUUUUACUUCCUCAGUUUUCCCUUCUCUGUGAUUGUCUGCACGUGUCUCUGUGUCUCACCUGCCUCCCGUUGCUCGUUUCCCUGUUCAUAUAUAGUCCUAGUUUUACCUUGUUUCUUUGUCGGUUCAUUGUAUGUCUAUGCCUCUGUGUGUAUGCCUGUGUCUCCAGUGUCUCCUUGUGAUUUUUUGCUUCUUUUGAUUUUGCCUUUUGUGUUUCUUGGGAUUCUUUGUGUUGGACAAUUUGAAAAGUAAGUUUUGUUUUUUUUCUUUUAGUUCCUUUUAAAUAAAUCCUCUGGUUCUGCAUUUUGGGUCCUUUCCUUUCCUUUCCUUUCCUUUCCAUGUGACGACACGUGAUGUGAGUGAGUGAAUGUUCACUGAUCUUGGUUACCACUGAGGGUUUUCUUGAAUCACUGAUCAUUUAUGAACAAGAUUUUAUCCUAGUAUCAUGUGUAUUGUAUUCUUUUCAUAUGGUCAAAGUUUAAUUUUUGUUUUUCUACUAGACCAAUAACUCUUAACUGAUAUUAAAUUAGCUGCGGCUUUGACUCAGCCCCUCAUGUCCAGUUAACAGUUUUGGAGUAAGAACCUACAGGAAAACAACGAUCGUGUCUAAUCUGGUCUAGUCUGAACAGUUAACCCUCUCCCUCAUUGAGAACCUUCUUAAUGCCUCUGGCUUCUGUUAACCAUCUUCUCUUUGGCUCUGACAGCUCAGGGUCAAUUAGCCUGAUCAAUGAAGGACAAAGUAAAGAGGGAUCAAUAGGUUGAAUAUUCAGUCGUCCUUGUGAGGAAGGAUUUGUCUCUGUUAACACGGAAACCCCAGAGACAUGCAGACUCUUUAACCCCACACUAAUACCAGGUUUGCACAUAUUUAGUCAUUCUUGUGGUGGCACCUUGUGGUUAGAAGCGGUAAACCUCGCCAGAAAAUGUGACUAUUAACAGGUUGUUUUAUAAUUACAUGCUCUCUUUGGUGUUUACAUCUAAAGCCAAUGUGGACAUAAAAAAAUAACUGCAGUUCCUUCAAUGUCCACUUGAGGCUGAUUUUAAAAGCAGAGGUCUCAAUUAACACCCAUAUCAAAAUGCCCACCUUUUUAAAGCAGAGUUGAAUAUUUUUUAUGCUUGGGGGUAAAAAAAGCAUUUUGGUUGUGUGUAGGCCUGUCACGAUAACAAAUUUUGCUGGACGAUAAUUGUGCUACAAAUUAUUGCCGAUAAACGAUAUUAUUGACACAGUUUUUUUAAAUUAUAGAUAAUGAUAGUAAAUGGCAUAAUAAUGCGAGUACACCGUGUCAAAAGUGAUAAACUUUAAUUUCACCCACGACGAAGACGUAACGUUGACGAGCUAAACAUAAGUCGGAGAUGACUAAAAUGUGACGAGACGAAAGUGCGUUUACGUUGAUGGGACGAGACGAAAAUGACGAACAGAGUUGCAAAACUCAGUCAGUUAAACGCUAAACAUAUAGGAGCAGCUUCAGUCCGCUCUGACAGCUCUCAUCAGCCUGCUGUGCUCCUCCAACACACAGACACAAACGCGCGCGCGCGCACACACACGUGGAGUUUUGUGGCUGACGAAAACAAAACUGGUUUAAAGCCGAAAUAUUCCCACACUUGGGCUGUUGCGUUCGGUUUAGACACCAAAGCUGUCGUGUUCAUUCUGUUAGCUUGCUUUUCACUCACGACGCUCACUUGCAGCACUGUAUCCAAAAGUCUGUGUCUGUGUGCCUGUGCGCGCCUACGUGUACCUGUGCGCGCGCCCCCCCUCGACAAAGAUACUGAAUGACUGACAGGAGGGUUCACUAACUCCGUUCAUUCAUAGAGCCAACGCCCCCAGGUGCCGAGAAAAAUGCGCAGAGUGAGACCUCUUCUCUCAUCCAGCGUGUUUGGUAGCGAGAGAGGAGGAAAACAAACGCACGUCAAUUAUCGAGGCUGGCAAAAUGACCGACCUCGUUUUUAUUUACCGAGCGAUAAGGCGAUUUAUUGAUUAUCGCGACAGGCCUAGUUGUGUGACAUUUUGUCAUUUUUACAUAUUGUUCAAGGGGUGACUGAUUUUUACACUCAUCUGUAUGGAUGAUAAAGGCUAACAAUUAUGUCUAGUUUUGCAGAAUUCAGGGGACAGCUGAUUUGAUGGAUAGGCAGCUUCUGUUGGAUUUUGUAACAUUCACUAAGAAAUCAGUGGGUGAUGCCACGUAUAUUUCUGUUUUAAACAGGCUAUGAUUCUUUUGAAUACCCUGUUAUUGUUAUGUCUACAACAUCAGCUCUCAAAUAGACAUGUCUAAACUGUAAAAUCUACUCCCUCUGUGAGAGAAGCUUAGCAACUGUCAACAGCUAGUCCCGCAGAAGCUUUUCUGACAGGGGGACACCUGUAUUGGGGUUUACACUGUAACACUGUUUCAGACAAAACUCAGAAAAUGAACAUUUAGACAUAAAUCAGCAUGAAAACAAACAAUAGGAAAAAAACAUGUUUGGGAAAUAUGUAAAGAAAUGUCCCAUCCCUUAAUAUUAGAAAGAGGAGGUGCACUUUAGGCCUAUACUGCAGCCGGUCAGUAGGGGGAGCUCUGAGUCUCUUGGCUUUAACUGUUGAGACUUUAAUCUUCUCUUACCGCUGUCUUUCAUGAGGUGAUUACUACCUCUUUUAGUAUGUUCAGUAGUUACCUAACUUCAGAUUUUUCUUGGGAGGCAAUUUAUGUCUAUUACGUGAAUCUGACGACCUGUAUUUUUGUGGACAACAUAAAACCAUCUUCUGCAUGGAGAUCCGUCUUCAUAAUGCAGGACCUUCAAGCACAAUAACACGCUUGACUUCACUGGAGACAAGUAACAGCAGGUGCACACAUGUUCACUCACACAUACACACACACAGGAAAUCUUUAUCUGAAGGUUAACCUAAUAAUUGCCUCGACUGUGGUCAGGAGGGGGUCGAUGCAAAGCUAACAGCACCUUAACAACAUUACCCUGCGGGUGACAGGAGAGGGUGUGAAGCAGCAAAUACAUUAAUUACAUCUGCUACUAUACACUGUGUAAUGAUUCACACCUGAGACACACAAUGUUAAGCCCCCUCCACACCUCUCACCCCUUCAUCCCGUUGUUUACACCGCCUGUCCCCUCCCUCUCGCUCUCUACAUCUCAGGGUGCAGGGUUUCUGUAAAAAGAGAUCCAGGCUGUGUUAGCAUGAGAUCUGGCUCUUCUCACACUGUUUUCAUGGGGUGUGGUGAGUGUUUACUGCAGCUUUACUCCAAUACACUCCGUCCAUCUGGACCCAGGAGAUGAGAGGAUACAAGAAAGAAAGGGAGAGAGGUGGAGAGAGCUGUAUCAGAAUUUUUUAGGCUUUGAGCUUGAAAAACAUGCACAAAUAGAGAGAAGCAUGUUACCCAGUCGUCUUCACCAGACAGACCAAUACUGCCAAUUUGAGGGCUCAUUUAAGCUGCAAAAUAUUGUCGCAUCACUCAGGUUUAUAAAACAGAUUUCCUGAAAGGUUUCAACUAACCGCUUAUUAUGUGUUAUUGUGCUUAUUACUUGGCUUCUAACAAACAACAAACAAAUUUACACAAGACAUUGAUUCAAACAUGAUUGAUUGAUUAAAAGAUUAGAUAUCAACGCAGCUAAGAAUAGACCCUCUUUUUUCAUGGCUAUGGAUUCUGAUAGGCCUACUUGCAGGAAGAGAUGACAUUAAACUGAACGUUUCAAUUCAUGCUCUAGUUAAACUAUCAGUAUGCUUAUAUGUUAAAAUUCACAACAAACACCCACUUACCACCCUCUCACUCUCAGGUCCCUGCUCUAUUCACUGUUCUAUUCACUCAGUAAGGCAAAAAAAUUAUGUUUAUGUUUUUAUUAUCAUAGACCUGAAUCGUUUUACGUUGUCUCUUAGCUGCCCACCACUAGCCUGGACUGUAUCUCUGGUUAAUAGUUCCUGCCGUGAUCGUAUAAUGGUCUACUGCAGUGGUUCUCAAGUCCAGUCCUUGAGGCCCACUGUCCUGCAUGUUUUGGAUGUUUCCCUGCUCCAACACACCUGAUUCAAAUGAUUAGCUCGUUAUUAAGCCAUUACAGAGCUUGAUAACGAGCUAAUCAUUUGAAUCAGGUGUGUUGGAGCAGGGAAACAUCCAAAACAUGCAGGACAGGAGGCCUCAAGGACUGGACUUGAGAACCACUGGUCUACUGCCUGGAGUGGCAAAUGGUAUCUUGUAGUAGGGAAUGGUUCAGCAAUAUUCUGAUCUAGAUAAUGGCGAUAAAUUUACAUGUAGACUGUUUCUGGUUAAGCUGGCUUAGAACAACUCAGGCCGAUGUAUUACCUGCACAGGUUUGUGUGUGAACUGUAGGGCAGAAGUAGCUGGUGGUGCUAGCUCUGCUAAUGUUAGGCACUUUUGGAAAACCUAUUAAAUAUUAUUGGCUUGCAGACUCUGGAAACCUGCGUUUAGCAAACACUUAUUGACGACAACAGUAUCCUGUUCUCACACAUGGGUAACUAAACAACAGAUCUGUCACAUUAUCCAUCUUUUUUUCUGCAGUUUUAGAUCAGGGACAGGAAUCUGACAUUAAUUUGUCUAAAGCACAAAUUUUUUGAAAAACCUUGAGAGGGAUUUGGUGAAUGACGCUCAGUACCUCCAGAGGCCUGUACUACGAAGCUGGAUUUGGUCUUAGCGAGAUAACUUCUGGAUAACUUCUGGGUUUUCUGUACUACUAAGGUGGAUCUCUUUUUAUCCGGGUCGGUUGCCCCGGUAACUUACGCGGAACGCCAAACCUGCUCCGGAGCAGGUUAUGUUUCAGGAUAAGAUCUCAGCAGGUAUAAAAAACCGCCCGAUGACCAAUCAGAUCUCUUGGAGAAUGGCUUGCCCACUUUUGCCGGAUCCCGGGGACAUCGUUGCACGGAUAGUGAGAGGAGCGCUCCGCCGAGAGCGUUAUAUUCAUGAUCGCUCAAAUCCGUUUGAUUUACCUGAUGACGUUCUCUAUGAACGUUACAGGUUUUCCUCGGACGGUCUCAAUAUUCAGGUAGCAAGAAGUCUAAGCAAUACACUAAAAUUUGCCAAGCUCCAGGUUCAAAUUUGUUAGUCAUCUUUCAGAAUUCAUUGAAGCAGAUUAGAAAACUCUUAACCCCAAAUGUGUCUGCAGAUGACAUGUGACCAUCAGAUGAUGGAGAAAAAAAAGGCAGUGUGAGGAAAUCACUGUUUACGCGUUGAAAUAGGUACAAAUAAAAUCUUCCAAUAAACCUACAAACUAUUUUAAAGGAUGUUUUUAGAUUUAUUUUUAUUUGCUCCCACGUACUCUUUUCCCCACUGCUGUUGUAUCUUAAAUAAUGAGGUCAGUGAUGGUGGUGAUCACACACGCUGCAUGACAAUAUAUUAGGGGGGCAUGAAUUUAUGAACGCACAAAUGUAAUUUACACAAACGGUGAUUUUUUUUGCCGGCAGUCCCUCCGGCUUUCAGCGGCUGUGUCUGUCUCACUGUUUGAAUAAAGCUCUGUUCUUCAGCUGUGAAAAAUGACGUGCAGCCUUCUCCAUUGUGGAGAUUGGUCCGGUGGCACUGACCCGACCCCCUUUACGUGUGCGCGCACAGAUCUGAACUGGAUUCAGUUAUCGAGUUGAUAUCCUGCUUCGUAGUACAGCUGAUCGGGAUCGCGGAGAUCCGGUGAAGUUGAGCGAGUUGUCGCAGAGUUAUCCUGGAUGUGUUAAUCCAGCUUCGUAGUACAGGCCUCAGGUGGCUUUUGAAUAUUCCCAGCUGAUUCAAUUUAAAAUGACACGCCUGCUUAUGAACAAUUUAACGUCAUAAUUCUUGAUUUUAAUGCUGAAAGGGUGAGAUUAAAGCUACAUGGUUUAGGCUAUAAACUCGUUAAUGUAGAUGCCAGGAAAUGAAAUGAAGGAUCAUCAUUUUUUAGUGUUAAAAUAAAAUAAAGUAACCAUAACUCAAGAGUAAACUUUGAUGCUUGUAGGACUACAGGGAAUAUCUCUGUUUCUCUGUUCUAUCAAACAGCAAAAUGUGUUUCAUCUUCAAAAUUUAUUUAAAAAAAAAAACCCCACAGUUUUAUACCCAAAUUUUCUGUCCUAUUUUAUUAUCCUUCGCUUUGAUGUCCCUUAAUAUUAUUUUAUUCCUCAUUGAAUAGUUUGUAUCCAUGAUGAUCGAUUUUCAGUACCUGAUCUCUCUCUUCCUUCUUCUCUUUGUCUUUCUCCCAGAAGGAUUUGCCCCUGCCUCGCAAGAACAGCAGGUGAGUGUUACCUCCGUUCAUCCCUCCCCCUCUCCCCCUCUCCCUCUCUCCCUCCCUCUCUGGCUUUCCUCUCCUCUCUAGGGAGAGAUGGUGUCCCUUUAUGAAGAAAAACAAUCACAGCUGCCAGGCCCGAUUUGCUUGGUGUGUUUUGAAAGCUCUGAGGAUGUUUGAGUGCUGCUUGUUUUGAGCAGUCUGGUCCAUGAGGAGGUCAGCUGACGGGCUGAGACUUGGUCCGAGUCUGAUAAAGGCCUGCAGGAAAGCUUGGUGGACUUCCAUGGUGCUGAAUGACUUUUCCAGUUAUUCACUUUCUUCCUCUUGCUGUUACUUGAUUUAUCUGUUGAUUUUCCUGCACUUAUUUCCACCAAUUAUGCCCCAGCUCCACCCCUCUUUCGUUCUCCCUGUCUUUCUUCAAACCCUGUCAUCCCUCUUUUACUCUUUUUUUCUUUCUCUGUCUUUGAAUGGGUGAGGUCAUAAGGUUAGCAGGAUAAGAAAUAAACUACAAAAACAGGCAUAUGGUGACUGAAAUAUAGAGAAUAAAAGCUUUAGAUUAAUGUCUUGAAUGGCCUGUGUGUGCAGUUAACAGCACAGCAAGUCAUAUAAUGUGUCUAUAACUUGCAUAACAAUAAAAAUCACAAACAUGUGUCAAAAACAGGUUCCAAAGGUUCAGAUUGACUGUGUCUGCAGACAGGAAGCAGCUCCCACUCUCCACAUUAUGCAUAAAUAUAAGCCCAAAAAUAUUUCAGUUUUGAUUGGUUACAUCAAAGUUCACCCCUUAUAGUUUAAUUAAAAAAAAAGUCUACAGAAGCCAAAUCAUUUUUAUGUACCAAGUUGAAAGUUUACUUUUUCAAUAUGAAGUCUAAUGGGGGUAAACGUAUUUUGGUGCCAGCCUCUAGUGGUCACUGAAGGAACUGCAGUUUUUGCACUAAAAGAGCUGACUUCAUUUCUCAGCCCUGGAGGUUGGUGCUUUGGUCUAACAGACACACAGAUCUAUAGCUCUGUGUUGUAUAUUUUAAGACUGCAGGUUUUCCAGUGUUGUAGAGGAGGUUAUCACAUGUUAGUAAGUUUUAACCUACCUGGGUGUGAAUGUUUGAUUUGAUUUGGUCUUUUCUAGCUGCUGACAGUAGAGUCUAAUGAAGGGAGUGUGAUCAGUCGUAUGUUUAUGAGGCUUUUAAUGUUUUUCAUUAGCAUUUCUUUGCUCCUGUGAGUAAGAUUGUAUCUAUGAGUGUAUCUAUGUGUGCCAGUGUGUGUGUGCGUGUCAUGACAAGUCAUAGCCCAUUACCCUAGUCUCCACCCUGUACUGCCCCUUUCCUUGUCCCAUCCAUCUUCCCCUUGCUGCCUCUGCAUCCUCACUCAUCACAGCUAAUCAGACAUGAAAUGAAGCGGUUGACAAGCUCUUGUUUGGCCUCUAGUGUUGCCAUCUUUUCCUUCUCACUGUUAUAUUUCUCCAUCAACCAUACUUGCCAUUUUUUCCCACCAUGCAUUUCUCUCCAUUUGUUUUGCCUCUGUAUCCAUCAAACCUUAUCCAGGACUCUGUACAUUAAGAAUUAUGUACCGAUACAUUCAUACUGUAACUUAUUAAAGCUCCUAUCAGGAGUUUUUUUUUUGACAUUUAUGAAAUAGACUGAAACUUAUAUCGAUGUGUUUUGUAAUAUAAAAGCAAACAAGACCAACAAGUUACUAGGCUGAAGGUUUUUGUAACUUCAUUUCAAAUGCUUGGAACGGACAUGAGGGGAAAGCCGCACAGCUGAAGGAACAGCUUUGUUUUUACAAUUUGCAUGUGAAAUAUUCACAAUAAGUGUUAAAAUAUGACUGCCAAAAGUCAGUAGGAUGAUUUUUUUUUAAAAAGUCACAAGGUAAGGUAAGCAAAGACUUCUUCGUCCACAGGGGCGCCAAAAUCAAUACAAACCAGCAGUUCCCUCACAGGAGCUUUAAUAUGGUAUGAGAGAUCAGUGAGAAACAGUCUUAAUUUAACUUACAGUUUGUGAUGAGUAAAAGGCGACCUUAGGUGAGAUAUUUCCAGUUUGACUCAUAUUAUCUUUCACUUGUUUAAAGCUGAAUUCUUAUUGUGUUUAUUUCCAUAAUAUUUUUUUUCUUCAUCUUUCCAUCCAAAGCAUCGUGCUUGGUUUGUGCUGGCUCUUCUCACUCUAAAAACACAAAUCUGUACAGGGAAAUUAUGCAUUUUAUGAGGAAGCACAUUUAGUAGAAUAGGUGAUGGUUUUAAAGAAUUUAAUACUUGAAAUCUCUGUAAUUUAAUUUAGAUAUUUUUCCCCAAAUCUGUUGACAUUUGAUGUGUUUGCUGCAGCCACAUAUAAACAAGGCCAUUCAGAGUGUGUUUGUGUGUGUGUGUGUGUGUGUGUGUGUGUGUGUGUGUGUGUGUGUGUGUGUGUGUGUGUGUGUGUGUGUGUGUGUGUGUGUGUGUGUGUGUGAUGUGCUUCAUCGUCAUCAGCAUGCUUUUUUGAUUCCAUUCAACAUCUGCCUGGCGGUUACGUAACAACCCACAUGACUUUGUCCUUUAGUCAUUUCUUCACUCUCUGCUGAGUAAAAUUCCCCUCCUUUCUUCUGCCCCUCAUUCAUUGAUGGAGUCGACAGCCGGCAGUGAAAAAGCUUUUAACUCCUCGUCUCAUUCUUUCAUUUAGAGCUCAGAAAAACAGGAAACAAGCAAGUCUGAACAUCUCACUCUGUGCUGAAGUAUCUCAGCCUUCAGAGAAAAUGACCCACAAUCCCCUGCUGCCUUUUGUUGUUCCUUUCUUAAACACAGACCCACCCUGUCUCCCUCCAUCCCUCCUUCUCUCUCUCUCUCUCUCUCUCUCUCUCUCUGCCUCCUUUGGAUUCUCACCACUCUUGCACAGACACACACACACUCUACAGAUGCAUGUCCAAGGGUUGAAGGAGUGACAGUUUGCGUUGAAUUGCAACGAGAUCUUUUGUUUCCUGACUGCUCUCCUUCAGCUGUCGCCUAGAAACCUGCAACAUGUUCAGACGCACCAAAAGGUAAAAGGAGAGAUGCUGCAGAGGGCUUAGGGUUUGGUUUCUGAGACGUUUGGUGGUACUUUUUGCUUAUCUAUCUUUGUUCACGGUUUGUUUGAAAUGUUUGCUCUGUUUAGUUGCAUGUUGCAGUCUCGUACUUUUUAACUGAUCUCUCAUAACAGCUUCUUAAAAAUCAGGUUCUGUAAGUGUGUGACAGUGCUAGCUUGGCUGGAACAAUAACCCUGAGCAUAUCUCAGUUUCACAGUACAGCUGUACUACAGAUACUGCUCUAAAAUGUGUUAUCUUGAAAUGUCUGGGACUCUAGGUAGAAACAACACAAAAACUUUUAUUUUCUUUCUGUUGAACAUAUUUAAUGUAUUUUUGAAUAACAUAGUAUAUCAUGUUGCUGGAUGGAUUUGAUUGAAAAACACAUUCCCUACUACUACUUCCACUACUUCUACUUCUUCUGUUAUAUCAGUAUAGAUGCACUAACUACUUGCCCAAAAAUUAACUUCUCUGUCCCUGCAACAGUCAUCUGUUAUGCAUCAGUUCCCCUGGUUACAUAGUGACCAGCGUCGGCCGACUGGAGCAGCAACACCUGCACCUGGUCAAACACUGCAGGCUAAUGGCUGGAGCCGCUAAUAAUACGUCAAAUAAACACUUUGAGGUCCCUGAAAAGGCCUGAGGUGAAACUGUUUCUCUUUGUGUGUUCCCACGAUACUCUGUCUUUCUUACACACAGCUCUACAAAAAGCUGAGCAGACUCAAUAGCGUAUGUGCAGCUAGUGGGCUAAUGGUCAGCGAGCUAACCAAUACAUAAUCUCUUCUGCGGUCAUGUUUACUAAGCUAAUACGUACCAACCAUAUGACAGAAAAAUAGCUGAGGUUUCCAAACUGUGACCUUUGCGAAUUGCCAUACACCUUGAAACUGGCCCGUGUUAACUUUAUCUGUUUGUCUAUUAUUUGGAUGUUGAUAGCAAACACUUUUUACGUGUGCUACUGCUCGGCAUGGUUCGUAUUACAAACAGGGACAACUCAAACAAGUACAAUUUUCGCAAGUAUUGACUGGUGACAAACAUUCAUAGUCAUAAAUUCUUAGAUUAACACUGGAAUGGGAAGUUUGCUGGCUUAUUUGUGAUGCUAUUUUAAUCAGAGUAGUAUUGACCAAUGAGGUAUCAGCAGGCUUGUAAGCAGUGUCUGAAGGUAAAGAGUCUCUAUGGAGAGCAAAAGCAGGAGGGAUACAACUAGCCUGGCUGGGCCAUCCUGUUGCGUGAAUCACUUGCUGUUCCUUCCCACAACAGUCUGGACUUCGGCCCAUUGGGAGCGUGUAUUCCUGAUCAGAAAAUAACCGGGCCAAUCAGAGACUGUGUUUUCACUGUUACCUGGACAACAGGGAAAGGUAGCCCCUGAUUGGUCCAUGUGUAGUUGGUGACGUCUAACACAUGCUGCAGACUUUUCAAAGCCCCAUCCAUCCAGAACGCCAUUAAUUCUGCAGUUGACUUUGCAAAGUCGGCAGAAAUCAUUUAUAUCAGACGUCUUCUGCGGAUCUAAACGAUUUCUGCCGACUUUGCAAAGUCAACUCACGCUCCCAAUGGGCCGAAGUCCAGACUGUUGUGGGAAGGAACAGCAUGUGAUUCACGCAACAGGAUGGCCCAGCCAGGCUAGGAUACAACACAGUCCACCAAUUACCAGAAGGACAUGCUGAGAUUGAUUUGUAGCAUGCUGAAUAUCAUGUGUAUCAAUUGGGGGGUUGGCAGUUUGAUCCUCUCCUGUCUACAUGUCAAAGUACCCUUUGGAGUGAUAUUAAACCCCCUCAGCUUAUGGAGUGUAGGUGUUGAGUAGCCUGUGGAGGUGCUACAAUGAUGUGUCUGAAAAUGUCAGUGUAUUAUUUCAGCUUAUGUAUUUGUCUAAAAAGCUGCUGGUGAAGGAUGCACUGUAAGAUCUUUAAAAAGCUUUUAAAAAACAGUAUAAAGUUUGUCAGUCCCAUGUCACCACAGAUCAGUAUGUCAGCAUCUAUUCAGGUAAUAUUUUGUCUGCAUAUCUAAUAACAGUAAACUCAUCCCUAUAGUAAACUGAGUGACACAUGGAUGUGUGAUAAGGAGGGGUUAGUUGUUGGGUUGUCUUGGUCUCGUCUGCGUCUUUGUUGACCUUGAGUGAAUGUAAUAUCAAGUUAAAGGAAAAGUGAUGUACUGACUCAUCAAAGUGACAUUUCCAGCAGACCUGCCGGUCCGCAUGAUUCACUCUCUGACGUUAUCGAUCAAAGACCAGCAGGCUGAGGCAAAAGUUAAGGAUGAUGUUAUUAGUUUCUGCCUUACAGAUGAUGAGAGAUGUUUUAUUUAUUUUUAUUUGAUUUGAUUUGUUUUCUUUUCUGUUUUUUUUUCUUCUUGAUGUCAUGUUGAGUUAGUGCUUGUGACUUAGAUUUAACUGUUUUUUAGGAAGACAGACUUCUUAUCUUGAAAGUAGGGGUGGAAUAUGUUUAAUGUGAUGUUAGGGCUACAUGUUAUCUUUUUAAAGUGGAAAUAGUCCAAAAGUACUGCUCAGUUUCCCUUUCAGAAGCUGCUAAUGAAGGUUUGUAGUGACUUAAUUCAGCUUUAUGGAUUUAGAAUCUUUCCAAAAUGUGGCUUUUGUGGGUCUUAAGAUGAGCCAGUACCUUUGAAUACGAUGUAUAACAGAAAUUUCUAACUCAAAAACAGUGUUUCUGGUUUAAUAUUGUGCUUUCCUAACACGUAAAUAGAGUUUCACUUGACUGGCAGGAAAUUAACAGCUGCUUUCAGACUUUCUGUUGAAAGGAUGACAAGUGGUCUUGAAUAGAAGUUUCCAGCUGGCAUCAAAUAAAUAAAACAUCCUCCCUAAAAUUAAAAUUAAUAAAACUGAGCACUUCAUCCCUUUGUGUUUUGGCUGCUGAAUCACUCUGAACUCAACAGCCUGAAAAUUGGAGCUGGCAUUAAAACACUGGGGGUCUCUCCUGCUGGGACUUCAGUAGUGGAUUUGGUGCUCAGUCUCAUGCAAUAACCCCCCCCUCUCCUGCUGAUUUGGAAUUAAACCAGCUUUUAAUGCAGCAGGGUUUCUUACUAUGGACACCUGAGCCCAAACACACAUGCAUAUAUGACAUUAAUGUAAUGAUCAGUCAUAUUUCUGCUGUUUAAAUGACCGUGGGUUUAUUGUAAAGUUGGGGAUGGUUCGAAAAGUGAACAUGUCAAAGUCAGAGCUGGGAUAGAGCGAGGCGACAAGGGAGUGAGUGAUUAAGAUAAUGAAAGUGAAGGAGGAAGGUUGUGCAAGAGGUGACAGGAGGAAAAAGUGAGACAGAGCACAGGACCCUGGGGUGAUAUCCUUGUCUGCUCCUUCAUUACGGCCCAGCUCUCUAUGGUUACGUGAGCAUCCAAGACGCAAAGACUUGCUGUGACUGCCUCUUUCCUCUCUUUUCUUUUUGUCACUGGUCUCUGUUUUUAUAACUUCUCAUUUUUUAAACGCAUCUCUGCGCACAUUUUUUCAUAUUUCCAGCCUUUACUAUUUAGAUUAUGUUCUUGAGAAAACUGUUUGCUCACUCCAUGGCCGUAAGCUGGAUCUCUGUUCCUAACACUUAACGGUCAUCGCUCUCUGCAUUAAUGGGGCCUGACAGUCUGUCAAGCUUUGUGUUGCUGCACAUGCCUAAUAGAUCUGCAUGUGGCCGUAGUGAGAGACACACUUAGAGCCCGGUUCAGGAAAAGAAUGUGCAGCUUUUGCAUCUACAAUACCUAUGAAAAUAAGACAAAAAAAACACUUUGAAUUCACAAAACACAAGGUCAAAUACACUUCUUGUUGAGCCGGGGCAGUUAAGACGUAUUAAAAAAGCACAUGUAUUCAUUUUAGGGCAGGACUGACCCUUUUUAUUCAUAUUAGCCUGAUUGUAAAAGGUCAGAUUUACAAACAAUGCUUAUGGCUACAGAGUUGGAGUGAGAUUUAUGUCUUUUCAAAUGUUGGCGGUUUCGUGUUAUAGUUGUUUUAAGGGAUGCAGCACUGAAACUUCAUAGUGAUCAAGGCAACAACUCUCCUUUGGAUGACCUAAAACUGAGUUAUCUUUACAUAAAGUAAGUUAAUAUCACAUUCUGUUGGUUUUAUAAUUAGGAGUUAAAUCAGCAAAGAGGCAACUGUUCAAAAUUCAGCACGGGUACAGGUGCGUUUGCAAACAUGUGGAGAUGGGGUGAAGCAAUUAUGCACAGUGUGUUGAACAAGGCGCUCUUGCUGGCUCACUCUAGGGAAGAAAUUUUAUCGUGAACGGUGAAAUUUGUGUCACACCUGUUGUUAAUUACCUUCAUAAUGUUCUAGGGAAAAGUGCCUCUCCUCAUGACACAUUUAUUUUUAACACCUUCUAACCAGGAAAGUGUUAUUCACUGUUGCCGAGUUUUGGCUUGUAUAUAACCGUCACACAUAAUGCAAUGACUUUUUUCCCCUAACGAAAAUUUGAACAUUUUAAUCAUAGUAUACUAUUACAUUUUGUAACAUACUAUGCUAUGGCAUUUUUAUCAUACUCAAAUGUGAAACUUUUAUCAUAAUAUACAAUGACAUUAUUAUCAUACUAUACUUUGAUAUUUUUAACCUACUAUAUUAUACAAUGAAUUUUUCCUUACUAAAGUUUGAAAUUUUGUCAUAGAAUACUCUGACAUUUUUUAUAAGACUAUACUAUUAAUUUUUUUCCUUACAAUGCAAUAAAAUUUCUCAAACAUACUGUACUAUGACUUUUUAAUUAUUUUUUAAAUACUAAAAUGUGACACUUUUAUCAUAAUUUACUAUAAUUUUUUAUCAUGCUAUACUGUGAUAUUUUUAACAUACUAUACAAUUACUUUUUUUCAUGCUAAAAUUUUUAUAUUUAUAUUAUAUCAUAUUAUACUAUGACAUCUUUCAUUCAAAAAUCUGAAAUUUUUAUCAUACUAUCCAUGACAUUUUUUAUUAUACUAUUAUAUAUCUUACUAUAUAUACCAUAAUAUUUUUAUAAUCCUGAAAUCCUAAACUUUUUUAUCAUUCCAUACUCUGAUAUUUUUAUCAUAAUGAAACUUGAAUUUUUUUUUAUUAUACUAUGAUUUUUUUUAACAUACUCUACUGUGACAUUUUUUAAGAUACUAUACUAUGACAUUUUUUUCAUACUCAAAUUUGACGUUUUUAUCAAAGUAUACUAUAAUAUUUUUUUCAUACUAAAAUUUUAAAUUUUUGUCAUACUAUCCUAUGACAUUUUUAUAAGACGAUACCAUGAUAUUUUUAUAAUCCUGAAAUCCUAACAUUUUUAUCAGUAUGAUAUUUUUAUCAUACUGAAACUUGAAUUUUUUUUUAUCAUACUAUGUUUUUUUAACAUACUCUACUGUGACAUUUUUUUCAUACUAAAAUUUGACAUUUUUAUCAAAGUAUACUAUGAUAUUUUUUUAAGACUAAACCAUGGCAUUUUAAUCAUAGUAUACUAUGAUGGGUUUUUUUCAUACUAAAAUUAAAAUUUUUUGUCAUAAUAUACUAUGACAUUUUUAUAAGACGAUACUAUGACAUUUUUUUUCAUCUUAUACUGUGAAAUUUUUGCACAAAAAGGCAUAUUUUAUUUUCACAGACGUUUCUAACAUUAGAUCAAAUGGUUAGAAACCCUUUAUCAAAAUAGCAACUGUAUAGAUGCAUCUGAAAAACCUAACAGCAGCCUCCAAUCGUUUAUAUCUCUAGCUUUUCUGUUGCAGUUAUUGUCUGGGUUUGGGUGUGUUUGACUUUGCAUCACUUCUGUAGCACAUUCCUGCUCCAUCCUUUUUUCUUUUGUUUUGUUCUUUUACAGUGCACUCUUUUACAGUUUCAUUUUUUACCUAUUACAGCUAGAUGUUACACACUUCAGCGUCUUACAUCUGUUAGGUAGUUGCACCACAUUUGCUGCAGUGGGCCUCUGAAGCUUUGGUGCAUUCAGCUCAAAGGCAUCAUAUCAUUCACUUCUGAACAAAGAACCACACAGACACUCGCAGAGUCAUUGUUGCAUCCUCUGCUUUAAACACUCCUCUGUAGCUAAAGCAUUUACACUCCACUUAACCAAUUAUGUUCAAAGUAAAGGAGGUCAGUGUCAUGAGGAGAAGACACCUGAGUCAGACUGGAGAGGCUCCGUUUAAGUGCUGCAGCUUCCCUCAAGAGGACACAGGAUUCAAUACACACAAACUGAGCAGCUCCAUCCCCCAUUAUCUCCUGGUUCAGUAAAGUGUCCUCUCCUGUUUGAGAAAUACUGCUCUUAUUCUCCUUGAUCCUGCUCCUCCUCUGAGAUUGUUUUACGAGAAAACACCGCUGAGGGCUCGGGCUUUGUGAGAGGAAUAGCUGCUGCCAGCUGUUGUGAGGCUUCUCAGACUGAGACAGGAGAUUUGAGGCUAUUACAGAAUAAAGGACAACAGUAAAACAAAGCUUUUAUACCUGCGAAGAGGCCUUUAGGUGCUGUCAGGAGAGCUCAGGAAAGACAGGAGUGAAAAAAAGGUAGAAGUGUGUGUUGCUGUCUCCUGGUCAGUGUGAUUUUGACGAUGCUGAGUGCAGCUCAGUGGAGAUCUGAUGGAGCUGAGUGAGGACAGUGUUGAGCCUCAGGCCUUCCUCACUACUGUUUUAGACCCUGUCCUUGUAUUUUCCUGCUGCCUUUGUGACCUGCUGCACAGCUGCUGUUAAACAGAGCCAGAUCAAGCUCAUUCACUAUGUCCACACUGCAGCUAUUUCACUCUGUCUCACAGAGUGGAAAGCUUGAAUGAUGUUGUUCCUUCAUGUUGUAGGUUUGCGAAGCAUAUGAACACAGAAGAACUUGCUAAAUAUCGUUACUUGUCUGCUUUCAGUUAAUAAAAAGCUGCAGAGAAGGUUAAAAUCGCUUAAGGCUGUAUUGUGGGAGUUCGUGUCAGGAAGAAGGCUUAAAAAUCAAUGAGACUGUCUGCAACUUGUGCGCCUGACUUUCUUUUCCUGAAGCUACUGUGAAGAGUUUGCAGCUGGUUAAGAAACAAACUGAAACUUUAUACAACCAAAAACAAAAACAAACAAGACCAUCAGUGACCAGAUUGAGUGCUUCUUUUAAGUUUUUUCUCAUGUCAAAAUUCACUGUCAGAAAAACAAACUUAAUGCUACCUAACCAGCCAGCAUUUUUAUAUCUAUAAUAGCAAAAAUACCCAAAACGUGUAGGACCUCAUGACGGGUGAUCGGUUUGACAUUUCCCUUUGUGUCACCGUUAUAAAAAGUUCCCUUCAGUGUCAUUUAUGUUUGGUUAUAUCUCUCGCCUCCUGUCCCUCACUGUGGUUCCUGUUUGGGGUUCUUUGGCAGUUGCCACACACUGCCUGGAAACGAACACGUGACUGUAGCUCCCUCAUCUCCCUCCUCUCCCUCAUCUCCCUCCUCAAUCCAUCCAGGGCUUCAGACAUCAAUUAAAUUUUUCAUUUUGUCCUUAACAUAAAGCAAUUCAGCCUCUUCAGUCUAUAAUGAAACUUGAAAUCAAAGAAGACAUCAGGGUUUGAUUCCUGCUUUGAGGAUGUUUGAUAAUUUCAUGAAAAACUUGAAUUUUUUUUUUCUUCUUUCUGGGUUGAUUCAGAGUCAGUGGUUAUUAGCCUCUGUUGCUUUCUUUCAUCUAUUUUAUUUACUUUCUUCCUCAUUCUUUGAUAAACACACCUUCUGUUUUUAGUUUUAGUUGGCACUGCAUUUGUCAGACUUUCUCCUCCUCCUCCUCCUCACUUUCUGUGUUCGCUCCAGCUCCUCCUCUUCCUCCUCUCAUGCCCUCAGGCCCUUGUCUUUCUGUAUCUUAGAUAUAUUUGAGUAGAUUCGUAUAAAUGGGUGGUCUGGUCUGAUCAAUAUUAACGCUCUCUCUGCUGUUAACUAGAGGACAGACUGUUAUCAUGCAGAGGAUGAAGGCUCCUGUUUGUCUGGCUUUGUUAGAGCGGUGUCAUCUGCUCAUGCUUCCUGGUGAAUAAUAUUCCCCCAUGUGCUCUGUUUAUGCAGUCUGUUGUGUUUGUGCAGCAUGAACACAUACACUUGUGUGUGCCAGGAUGAAAAAAAAAUGGGUCAUGUUUAUCUUGAGCCUGUGUGGGUGAUGUUUACCACUUUCAAAAUGCAUCUCUAGUUCUCGCUCUGUUGCUUUUGUCUUUCAGUUUCUGUUUCAACGUCUCUAUCUCUAAAUUUUAUUCGAUUUGCAGUCACUCCUUUUCCAGGAACACUCUCUAUGCCUUAUGAAUCUUUUAUGUAAUAAUUAGAGGUGCACCAAUACAGCCAGCUGGUGACUGCUAUUGACCAAUUUUUAAAGUUUUCAGUCAUGAUUUGGACCAGCCGGUAUAACCUCAAUUCCAUAAAUAUUGGGACUGUAUAUAGAAUGGACGCCGUCUGCCUCCUCACUGGAUGAAGCCAAUCUGAGCACCCUCUGGUGACAGGCUGCAGUAUAAGUCAUAAAUCCCGCCUCCUUCAGCAAUCCCUAUGGAGCUGUGGACAAAUUUUACAGAAAAUUACACAGAAUAUAAAUUUUUCUCCCCCUGCUUGCUAUGUUGACAUGUAGUUACUGUCAGACUGGUUUGUGCUCAAGUCCUCUUUUUUUCUGUACAGCUCCGUUUUUAAAAGUUAUCAGGGGAUUCAUGUUUUCUAUGAUUGACACUUGAUACAGCCUAUGGGUGUACAAAGAUUGCGUAGGGGAUACACUGUUUGAGCUGAGCAUCAUCACAGCGACUCUUGUCGACUCUCCCGCUGAAUGAGUACAACGCUACUGCGCAGCGCUGGUUUCAGGGAGUGGAGAAAAUCCCAGAAUUACCGAGAGCUUUUUCAGCUUCAAAUCCGUGUACAGGCGGAAGGCAGAACCAAAUUGUUCAUAGUAUAUACAGUCUAUGAGACACUGUGUUAAACAUUGAUAAAAUAUAAUUCAGUGGCUUGAAAAUCAUGUGAAGCAUAUAUGCAAUUGAAAAAAGUUAAAAAAAAAAAAAAAAAAAAAAACUUGUCAAAUUUUAGAACUGAUUAAUGUAGAUGUGUUGUCAAAAGUAUAUUCUCACUUUUCAAAGAAGUUGUGAAAUGUUUACAAAACACCUGGAGGAACACCGCCCAACUAAUGGCCUUGAUUUUAUUGGUCAAUAGCAACUUGACUGGGUGUACAAAGGGCAUUUAAAGUGGUGAAGAUGGUGAGCCUACAUGGUGAUAGGGUAAAGUGUUUCAAAGUUCCUGUUUGUAUCACAUCAUAUCUGUUUUCACCAUAACCAAGUGUAAUACACAAACAAGGAGUCUUUGCUCCUUUGGCUCGAUGAAUAAAAAUGUAACCUCAGAAACACAUUGGAUGGCUGGCUUAUUCUCCAGUGAGUGAACUAAUCCCAGGCACAGACUACUGCUUUGAUAACUUGGUGUUUUGUCAACCCUUGACUUCUCUCCAGCUCCGCCCUCUUCAUUCUGCCUCCAGAAGCUAACCAGGCAGCAGCAAGUAUGCAAAACUCCAGGCACCAACUCACAAAAGAGUGACGCCACAAAAGCUGCAUCCAUUAUUUAUGCCGCGUAUGCUAACCACGCUAUCUUUCUGCAUAUUUACCUCCUCAUCCUCUGCACACCACCCCUCUCUCUGGCCUGCAGCAACAGCCAGUAGAAUCCAGAUUUACUGAGUGCAGUGGAGUGUGUCUCCCCCUCUCCUCCCCUCCUCUUCUCUCCCUCCCUCCUCCCUCCACACUCUUGAUCUUGAAUGACCAUCGAGCAGAAACACUCCCCCCGGGGAUCACUCUGAAAUUUUGGACUCUGCAUCAGCAGCUGCUGCAUACUUGCUGGAUGUGUGUGAAUUACACGCCGGUUAGCGUCCACAUGUUUGCACAUACAGUGAAACACAGAAUACUGGAGCAGAACAGAGGCGCAGGAAUUCAAAGCUGUGUGUUUGGGUGUUUUGGUGUGUUUACAGACGGCCCACAUUGAUUCCCUGCAGCACUAAGAAUCCAUUAACCAAAAAUAACCAGCUGCUCGGCUCGACUUACUUUAUACGCUUUGUCUCUCUCUGUUAGGAGAGGCAGAGAAAGUAUUGGAGUUAUUAAGAGGAUGUGCUUCUGUGAAGAGACAGUGGUGCUACCAAUGGUUGCCCCUGUGUGCAAUGAGGCCAGCGCACAAAAAUGUACAAUUAAUGAACGCUUAAUUCUCUGCAUUCUGGAGAAUAUUCAUGCAACUUUUAGUGGUGCAAAUUAAAAAGAAAAACACAAAACUAUCAAUACAUGAUCAAAAAAAUGAAUGUUUCAAUCUAAAAAAGACGUUCAUGUUUAUCACUGUUGGAAAGACAUCAGUUUUUCUAGCUUUUUAUCUACGGGAAGGUAAUCUAGGCGGUACUGUUCCUACAUUGAUGUAAAAAAAGUGUAUCCAGUAGAGGUUUUUACGCAUCUUUUUCUAUUUGAAGGACAUCUAGUGGGCACUCUUCUUUGACCUCAGUUUCCCAGAAGAGGCACUUUUGCAAUGUUUUAUUUGCUGUAAGAAAAUUAAGUGGGUAGUGGGUGUUCGUCCUCAUUUUUUCCAUCCAGAGGCAGUUACUCCACUUAGUUUAAGAAGGAGAUCUACGCGGUGCUUUUCCUGCCUUGAUUUUCCUAAAAAGGGCAUCCAGAAGGCACUAGUGCAACAUUGGGGAAGUUGGAAAUGUAUCUGGUGGGCUCUUCUUCCAGGAUACAAUUGGAGUAACAUCCAGUAGGCACUAUUUUCAUGUUGUUGUUGUUUUCUGUUGAAAGAACAUGGAGUUUGCAAUUUUGAAAGGGCCUCAAGAGAGUAAUUUUGCUAUUCUUUUAAUGCUGGAAGUGCAUCCAGAGGGGGCUUUGACCAAAGUGUUUUUUUUUUUCUUUUUUUGUUGUUUUUUUUUACACUGAAACACUGAAAAUGGGUAAUGCUUCCCCCUCAAAAAAUGAAAAUAAAUAAUAAAAUAAAAUAAAAUUAAAUUAAUUUUUAAAAAGUACUACCAUCACUGUAGGAUUCAAGUGUGUUACAUUAUUGCAGCUCCAAAUUUAAAGUUUUAAAGGUUGCAGAGCAGAGUCAGGAUUAUUGAUUCGUUUAAGUAAGUGUGAAAUGGCACAAUAGCAGAUAUUGGCGCUGCAUUUGAAAUCCAGCAGUAUUGGCAUGUGAGAUCAAUUUCUAUAAGAGGAGUUAUAGAUCUGAUCCAGCAGGACAUCCGCUGCACAGUUAGAAUAAUAAACACAGACAGAUUGGAUGGUGCUGGCUCUGUGUCAUGGCAUAAGGGAUGAUUUAUAGUGAGCACCCUGACGAGGUGGGCAAGACUCCAAUGUUAAGGGUCCAGUAAAAACCUGUUCACUGAAUGUUAACUGGACCCCAUUCAAGUGGUAAACAAGUUAACUCAGAAUCUACCGGAGACAUCUAUACAAACACCAGUCUGUUUGAAUCACUCCUUUAAACCAGGGGUGUCCCAAUAAAAAUCCAAAUCUGCAUCUAAAAUCUCUGAUAUCAGCACUCCCAUACAAGCAGUCCAUUCUGCUCUGGCGCCUCUAUCUAGUAGCGCCCUGGUCCAGCGAGCUGAGCCCACAAAAUCACAACAACAGUGUGUACUAAGGUACUAACAAAGUAACAAGGAGUAAGAGUGAUGUUGGGCUUGAGGCAGUAUUUUUUGUUUAAGUCUGAAAAAUAAAAAAUACAUUGCAGUUGAGUGAAAAACGUGUCAUGUACAAUUUUGUGCCACCUGACCAAUAUUGGUAUCGGUCAACAUUGAAGGCUACAAUAUCGGUAUCAUAUCGAAAGUCAAAAAGUUGUAUCGGGAUAACCCUACUUUGAACCCUCACAGUUAGAUCCAACCGAGGCUGGAGAGAGAAGGGUUCAAGAGACAAAUUUAGUCCACCCUAGUUGCGGUUUUCACAUGCCCGUUGUUUGGGCUUUCUGGGUGGACAUGAGACGGCACGUGGCUUUGCUCCCUCCAUGCAUCAGCGAGCCUUGUCCGCCCAUGACCCCAUCGUCUGCUCACCACUGUCUCUUUCUCGGACCACUUUUGACCACAUUUUUGUUUCUAACUUUGAGGACAAAGCGUUCACCUGCUACCUCAUUUAUAUUCCGCCCACUAACAGGUGCCACGAUGACGAGAUAAUUAGCGUUUUUCACUCCCCCCAUCAGUGGUCAUAACGUUCUGCCUGAUCGGUGUAUAACGCUGAUCUCCCACUGUUGUUGUUUUUCUGCAUGUUUUGAUAGAUGACAGUCUCUGAAAUAAACUCUCAGACAACACACUUUAGCAUGUUGACCAAUCAGAAUCAAGUUUAUUAGGGCAGCACAACAUUUUAAAAAAAUCUAAGAUUGGGAUUUGUUUUCCUCUUUUGAAAACAUACAAGAAUUCAUGCCAGAUAAAAGUGUUGCAUUUUAAGUUCUUAUAAACAAAUCAAAUUUCAAAAACACAAUUUUUAUUAGUAAUAGUAUUUAUAAUUUGGUUCUAUAUGCCUAUUUUCUGCUUUCAAAUCAACUCUCCUGUUUUUACAGCAGCUUUGACACCGGUGUGCAGAAGUAGAUACACAAGCGGAGGGAGAGGAGAGAGUCCAGGAGAGGCGGCAUGUUGCUUCACACACUGUAAUGAUCAACACAGACUAUGACGUUGGUGCUCUGCAGGUGUAGACACUAAGAGUAAACACUCUAUGGUCCCAUUAGUGUAUCAGUCUGUACAUUUGUGGUUUCUCAUAGAUGUUUAUAGUACAUUCAUCUUGGUCAAGGAGAAGGUGACAGCGUGACGUCUUUGGGUCAUGUGACUGAUAUUGUCACGUUGAGAGGUUUUUACAGGUGUUGUGUGUGUGGGGGUUAAUCUUCAUCUCAUUGCGCUGAUUCUUAUUCAAACCUUUGUACCUUUGCAGCAAGACUCAAUGAUGGUGUGAGACUAUGUGUGUGAGUGUGUGUGUGUGUGUGAGUGUGUGUGUGUGGAGGCUGCUCACAUGUGAACCCACGUGACGGCGGCAGAGAGCGGAGAGAGAAUGGGGACGACCUCUCUCUUUGUCUGAUGGAUGAGACGACGAUGUUUUGUUUGUGUCUCUUCUUACCUCCUUGUUGUUUAUAUUUGCACGUAUUCAAGCUCCUUAACAGCCGAGACACAUAAGUGCAAUUUUUUUUGCUGCACUGAUAAAGUUGAAACAGAAUUUGGAGGCAUGACUCCCAAACGGUUGCUCAAUUUAGCACCUAAUGAUAUGUUAGAUUAUGUGUCAUCAUGGGUGAUAUAAAUGUGUGAGGUGACUCAGAGUGGCUGCGUAAAUGUGCCCCAGAGGUAAUUAGAGAAAGUCACAGAAAAAUGGACCGCUUUGAUUCUUGUUUUUAUUUUUAUGACUCCCAUCUCACCUUCUCCUCUCUCUCUCUCUCUCUCUCUCUCUCUCUGUCUCAGUCUUUCUUUUGCUGCUUUUCCCUCUAACUUUACUGCUCUCCUCUUCUCCCUCUCUCUCUCUCUCUCUCAUUUCUUAUCUGGACUACAAGGAGGCAGACAGGGAUGGGUGACUAAAGGAAAUUGAAUUCUCCUUAUCUCUGUCUCUCUCCUGCACUAAGCCCCGCAUGCAUUCACACAUAUCUGCUACCUACACACCUGUACAUACACAAACUCCUUGCACAUGUUACAGACAGAGACACAAGAGUAAUGACAGGAUAAUCCCUUUUUUUUAAUAUGAAACUGUUGUCUUUCUUUCUCUGUAGUUGUCGAACGAGCAACAGGAAGAGUCUGAUCCUGACCACAACAUCUCCAACGCUGCCUCGCCCACACUCCCCUCUGCCCCUCCCUGGACACCUCGGUAAGUACAGUAAAACAUCAUUUCGUAAAUCACCUCUCACCUUCACGAGAGAAUUAAAUGAAAAAGUCUGAGAUUUUUUGUGAAAUUGACUGAACGAUUGGCUGUACAUGAAGAUUGUUGACAUGUCUCUAGCUCCUCCUGGAUUAAUGUGAAGCCAAAAUACUCCCUCAGUUGGUGCUGGAAUCUUGUGCUAGUGACAUCUAUGCAGCAAGGAUCAACAAGUGGAGCUGUCUCACCCUUUACACCACCAAAAACACACAUUUAGCUCCAACAUUUUUAACUGUCAGGGUCAAUACUGUACUACAAACUGUGCAAUUGUGGGAUUUGUUUGGGAUGCAAUUGCAAAUGGAUUAACUGGUAUGUUUUUUAAAUAAUCCAGGAUCAUGAAGUUUGUUGCAUUCAAAUCAUAAAUUAAAGAAUAAUGUUUAUUCCAGUUGAACUGCUUUUUGGGCUUGGAAAUCAGAGACUUUUUUCCAAGCUCUUCUGAAAGUCCAUUAUUUUGUUGACUUCCUGUGACUUGACAAAAAUUUUCCUUCCUCAACUGUAUUCAAGCCAUCACCACUGAAAUACUAUCAGUUCAACUUGCUGCAUUACCUGAUUCAAACAAGUCUUAGCAGGUUUUUUUUUUAAGGCUGCGCAAACAUAUUGUAAACAUAAUCCCAGCAGCAUCUAAAUAGCCCUUUCUUUAAAAACAUCCUUAUUCACUCAUAGACAUAAAGCAGGUACAGUAGAUCAACAGGUACUAUAUGGCCCAGACUAGAUCCAAGCCCUCAGGACCAAAUGAUGAAAACCCCUCAGGUCCACAGUAGAGUAGAUUCUUGUCAGUCUAAAAUCAAAAUUCAUAGAUAUAGAAAAUAAAAGAUCAACUCUUAGACAUAAAUUUUGCAUUUUGACCAGUUGAAUGAAGACAAAGUUGUAUGUACUGGUGUGAAACCACUCAACCAGAGCAAUAAGAAACCAGAAUAGGCAUUUGGACUUUAACUAACCUGCAUGGAGGACUGUGGGCCGGUGGUGCUAGCUCUACUAAUGUUAGUCAAACUCACAAACCUAUUUAACAUUGUUUACCCACAAACUCUCUGAUCCUGUUUUAAGACAAGUUCUGAGAGUUUCCUGAGUGUUUUCUUACCUUUAGACAAGUCGAUUAGUCAGAAUUUAAUUUCCAUUCAAAUAAAUAAGAAAUUAAUAAUUUUAAAUCCUCUCCUGAUAUGAACUCACUGAAAUGACAGAAUUACAUGAAUUAUGGUUAUAUCGUUUAGCUCAUGUCCCACCUGUUAAUAGGGCGAACUACUAUACUACAGCCAGUCAGAAGAGGGCGCUGCAAGUGUUAUGGCUGCACUUUUGCAGAGGUGUCUCACUGUUCAUCUUUUUACACCGUUUAAGAUGAAAACCUACAGUCUGAUUCCAUCCAAAUAUGACAGGAUGCUUCUGCGAAUACAAUCCUCUCUCCUUGUUUUCACUGUUUUUGCAGAACAAACUAUAUCUGUCCAGAUAUAGAACAUAAAAGACUGUUACUGACCUUCUCAUUUAACGGUAAUCCAUAGAUAUAUACUAAUAUAUCCUCAAAUUUCUGACUAUUCCCUGAGAUAACUGAUGACAGCUGAGUGUAAUUGCUGAGCUCUGCGCAGACAGGUUUGAAUCUUUGCAAAUCCCUGAUGCCUCGCUUUGUAGAUGGUAAUUUGUUCAUGUGUGCUUAAAAAAGCCCAAAGAAUGUGACAGAGUGGUUAAAAAGCUGCACUCCAGAGCGUCACGGGCCUCUUUGAUCCUUUUUACUCUUGUUAUCUGCCCUAACACAACCAAUCAUGAUGAAUAGUCUCAUUUUAAGAGGGUUUAAGAGUCCUUUCUAUUUCUGUGGUCGUUCGGUCACAGUCUAACCAGCUGCGGUUCCUCUUUGUCACAUCUUAUUUUAGACUUCUAUCUGUCCUCCUCUCUUGUGUCUCAUCCUCUGUGCAUAUCUUGUUCUCUUUGCAGGAAGCAGCCCUCUGGACAGCCCACGAAAUUUCUCCCCGAGUAACCCGGCACACUUCUCCUUCACCUCCUCUAGAAGGUCAGUGUUUUACAGCGCUACAUUUACUGGGUCUGAUUGGACACGUCCGCUUGUUUUGAGGCUGGAGAGGAAAAAAAGUAGAAAGUGUGUCCGCUAGUAAGAAAGCACUCGGCAACAGAGGAGCUUUUCUUUCCCAGGCAGAAACUCACCUUUAGAGAGCAGGUGGUUCAAAUUAAAGUCCUAAAGGGUGAGCAGGCCCUGAACAUAACAUGAAGAGGUCUGUUUUGUCCACAGGGGGUGCCAAAAUCAACACAAACAAAAAGUUCUCUGUAGGAGUUUAAGCCUUGAAGUAACUUAAAGUUUGUUUCUACAGCAGAGCGGAUGGACGGCGGUGGUCUUUAGCAUCUUUGCCCUCUUCUGGAUAUGGCACCAACACUCCCAGCUCAACAGUAAAUCUUCUCCUCUUUACUAUCAAUGAAUUAAUCAUUCAUUUUCAGAACGAUCUUUGCGGUUCUGUCAGUUUUCAUUCAUUUUACCACCCUUCCUUUCCUCACUUCCUUCCUCGUCUUCUUCCUCCAGUCGUCCAGCUCCUCUCAGGAGCGUCUGCACCAGCUGCCCUUCCAACCCACCAUGGAUGAGCUCCACUUCUUAUCCAAACACUUCGGCAGCACCGAGAGCAUCACGGACGACGACGGGGGCCGCUGCUCUCCACACAUGCGCCCACGCUCCCGCAGUCUCAGGUCGGCAGCAGCACACAUGAGAUUAGACCUCGACUUCAGCUGCUCUGAACCUCAGUCUUCUUCUUGAAAGAGUUUCUUCCAACACACAUUCACAUUGGUUUUCCUUUUUCUGGCACAAUAUCAAUAUUUCAUUAUUACUGCUAUUUUAGGAAAGCCCUUAUUCAGAUUUUACACACUGAGCAUACUUUGUACCCGUCACUGUUUAAUACAUUUUAUUUGUGUUUUUCUGUGCAGCCCGGGACGCUCCUCCUCCUGCUACGACAAUGAGAUAGUCAUGAUGAACCAUGUGUACAAAGAGCGCUUUCCAAAGGUGAAACACAUAUACACACACAAAGCCACCUAUACUCAUUUAUACAAACACGCCUGCAGAAUUUUCACAAACCAUCUAAUUUUAUCACGUGAGAGCAGAUUGAACAUGCUCAGAUUAAUGAGGAUUUGAUUUCAUACGCCCAAACACAGUUAAAAAUGGAGCCACGGGGGCUGCUGAGCCAGAACAAACAAGAUUAUGAUACACUGCCGCGACGUGAUAAGUUGCUCCUGUCAGAGAGAGUUUUAGGUUUGUUUCUCUGAAUAUUUCAGCAACUGUAAGGACUUGAACAAAAGAGAUUUCCUCUCUGCUUUUUCUUUUUGUGCCAUUUAUCCCCCCCGACAUGCUCAGGUUGAGUCAGAGGAAACGGCCUCAAGUCUGCGCUCUGUGCACAGUGAUAAAAAUCCAGACAUGGGAAAUUGGGAGUUAGAGUUCAUACGAGGUAAAAGCUCUUUUGGCUUUUCCUCACAGGAGGUGAAUGAAAAAUGACUCUGCAGUAAAGUAAAGGGAACCAGCGCAGCCAACCCAGUCUUUUAACUAAACUUUUUUUGAGUCAUUUUUUGCUUCGUUUUCAUCCCUACAACCUCGUACUUCUGCUUUCCUUCAAUAAUCACUCAGUUUUCUCUACUGUAUUUUACCCAAAACAAAACUAAAUUUAUUUCAAAUAUGUUUGACAUUAAAUGCAGGUCCAACCUGUACUUUUUCCCACACGGAACGAUUCAAUGUAAAUACGUGAAAAACUAAGAAAUACACAGAAAAGUCCACAACAAGCUUUCUUAAAACAGGCAGAAACCCCAAGUAGAACCAGACUUUCUAGAGAACAGCCACCAGCUUUGAUAGAAUGAGCUAAAAAGUGGGAGAUGAAGAGAGAAAAAACUAGAUGUAAACAAAUCAACAGAAGUAUCAACAGAUAUUACAGACGAACGGUAACAAUACCAACAACAGAGGCAACAACACACUUGUGUUCUCCACCAGGCCACGGCUCAGAUGGAGGACAGGCUGACCGAGUUCAUCCAGGCGUUUUCUCCUGAAAACGUUCUUCCUCUGGCCGACGGCGUCCUCAGCUUCAUCCACCACCAGAUCGCUGAGCUCUCCAGAGACUGUUUGGCCAAAUCUCGAGAGGGUCUCAUCACAUCCGUCUACUUCUUUGAGCUGCAGGAGAACCUGGAGAAGCUGCUUCAUGAUGUAAGAUUUGAUGAAGAAAGACGUUUUUUUUUUCUUUUCACUGAUAAACCUGAUAUUGCUGGUUGUAAAAACUGUCAUCUUGAUUGUAGACUCAUUAUAUAAACUCAUUCAGUAAAUCUUCACAACAUUUAUAUAACUAAUAACUCGAUUUAAUUAACACCUAAAAAUCUGUGCUGUUUUUACAGAUAUUCAGAAAUAUGGCUUCCUCGUCAUGAGACCGUAUAGUAAAGGGAAAACGUUUCUUUCAAAAUGAGACAUGCAUAUUUUCGGUAUUGGUGCAAAGACUCUGGUAUUUUAUCUGCUCUAACAACAAAAAAUACAAAAUUAGACUUUGCAAAUGUACGUUGAGAGGAAAAAUAAAAGAACACAGACAUCUAUCCACUGUAUAUCUGAGGGGAUGAGAUGCCUCUGAAGGUUCAGGCGCAGCUAAAUUCUCAUUUCACUCUGACUCGUGAUCGCCUUUGCAGGAAAUGUGGUUAAAGGUAAUUGAGGCUAAUUGUGUUCAUGAUUUGACGCCGCAGAUAACAGGUAUCAGGAACUUCAUCAGAGACUCCAUUUUGGCGGCUUGAUUAGAUGGCUGUGAUUUCUGUGGGUGUCCUGCUUUUGGUUUGAUUACAUCUGCUGAGAUUUUCAUGAUCACAGACUCUCAUUCUUCACAGCUGUCUGCGCUCCUUUUUUGUCUCUCUUUCACCUGUACUGCUGUCUUUGUGAUUUUUCUCUGUUUCAGACCGCUUUGUAAAGACUUUUGAUGUUAAUAUUUCUUUUUUGUCUCUCUCUCUCUCUGUCAGGCCUUUGAGCGUUCUGAAAGCUCCGAGGUCGCUUUUGUGACUGAGUUGGUGAAAAAGCUCCUCAUCAUCAUCUCCCGACCUGCCAGGCUCCUGGAGUGUCUGGUAAGAUACAGUCCCAGAAAACACCAGCUACCACCUGAUAAUCAAAUACUUCCCAAAUCCUUCUGCCAAGACUGUAACUUUUACAGUCCCAUGAGCAACAGAAGACCAAGUGUUUAGUUCAAAACAGAAGCAAAUUCACCGCUCUAGAUUUGUCUGCAAAGUACAAGCCCAAGCCAAUAAGAGUCGGAUGGUUUGCUGAUCAUUGAAACCAUGAAUUCGAUUGAUUGGAGGACUCGGACAGAUUGGUUUCUGUGAGAGUCUUAUGCUGUUAAAACCAAAACCAGCCCGUAAAUAAGUUUAUUUUUGCUCUAAUAGUAGGCACAGUGUGUUCAGGAGGCACUCAGAGAACUGCAGUUUUCUGCACUGAAGCAUCAUUUCUGGAGGUUGUUGCUUGGUUAUGAUACUUGAAGGUCUUCCUUGAAAAAGUCAUUGUCUGGUCGGCAGCAUAUGUUGCUCUUAAAACUGUAUAUAUUGUUGAACACUAACAGAGCCUUCACAGAUGUGUAAACGACCCAUGCUAUUGGCACUGAUGCUCCACCAAACUUCUGGACUGUAUACUAACAACAAGCCUGGUCCUUCUUCUCUUUCGAACAGAGGAUUGGUGUCCAUCAUUUCCAAAAAUAAUGUCCUUUUUGAUUUGUCAGGGCACAGAACAGUUUCCACUUCACCUCAGUUCAGAAGUUUAUAUCGCUUAUAUAAGUUUGGACCAGAGAAGUUGCUAGUUCCCUGAGUAAUUGGUGUUUUCCCAGACAUCAGAAGUUGGAGGCAAGUUUGAGUCCAUGCAGUGAUUUCCACUACAGAGUCAUAUUGUCUUUAAUGUAAUGCCUUAAGAUCCGAGCCAUCCAGCAUCAGUUCUCAGCCUUGUCCCUUUUGAACAGAGAUUUCAGAUAUCCUAAAACUUUUAACGAGAGAGUAAUCAGGGACUUUAAUUUUGGCUGGAGUCUGUAAAGGAAACGUAAGAUAAAACCAACCUUUUUUAUAUUUAAUCACCCACAUGUCACGGCUGACAGCCCUCUGUGACUGAAGACUAAUUGAUUUUCUUUAAAUAAACAUGAGCACAGAUACUCAUUUGUUAGUCCAUUAUAAGCAUUUAAGCUCUGCGGUUUGUCUAGCAGCAGGAGAAGAGAAUUGAAACAUGCACUAAAGGUCCACGUGUCUGUCUGUCUGUCUGGAUGGAUGAUGAAGAAAUUUGCAUUUAGAUUAAAUUUUCUCUGUCACAGUCGCUCUUAAAGCAGACAGCGGCCUCCAGCCUGACUCACACAGACUGUGACUGCCGUGUCAUUUAAAGCCCUAGGAUGCCGACGUGUGUGUUUGUAUAUGUUUGUGGAAGUGUGUCGUCUCUCUUUGGCUGUGUGUGUGUGAUUGUGCUUCGUAACAAUCUUGAUGAGUCAUGCGACGCUGACGAGGUUUCUGAUUGUGAGCAAAAGCUAAAACAGAAGCAAUAAAAUGGAUUCGUCCACCUUAAUUUCUCCAUGUUGCUGCAUCUGGACAGGAGUUUAGACAGAGCUGUUGAGGACAUUUCAGCUCCACCCAAAACCAAGAGAUACAGACAUUAACUCUCAAUGAAACCGCCUUUUUUUUCACCUCAUGCUCACAUCUUCACACGACUCAGUAUCCAUCCUUAAAUACGCAGACGAUACAACAAUAAUUGGACUCAUCACUGACAGUAAUGAAACCCACUACCGUGCUCAGGUCACCCAAGCAGUCACUCGGUGUCACAACAAUAACCUUCAGCUCAACACAUCAAACACCAAGGAGCUCAUAAUAGACUUCUCACCCACACCCAAAACAGCCCUCUCAUCAACUCCGAAGCCAUAACCAUCACGGACUCCUUCAAAUUCCUCGGCACACACAUGAAUAAUACUCUCAAAUGGAAGCAACAUGCAGAUGAAAUUUACAAAAGAGCCAAUAAAAGACUGUUCAGAGUGAGACACAUUAUCCUCCUUCAGUUCUACACAGCCAUAACUGAGAGUAUCCUCACAUCAUCUAUAGUCUGGUACGGAAACUUGGAUAGUCAUUCACGCACAAAACUCCAACGGAUAAUCAACGGAUCAUCCAAAAUCACUGGCCACACCCUCCCAUCCAUAGAGACUCUGUAUCAAAGACAAGUCACACAGCGAGCACUGAAAUCACCUCAGACUGUACACACCCUGCACACCACCUGUUCACACUCAUGCCCUCUGGGAGUCAUAACAGGUCUUUGACAUCCACUGCUUUACAGACAGUAAACCAAUAUUUGAAGUAAAUUGUAUCCACAUCUAUUAUCUUGUAUUGUUGCAUUGUUUUUUUUUUUAUUUCUGCAUGCAUGUAUGUGUGUUAUGGUGUGGCCAUGAAUAAAAGAAAAUGAAAUGAUGACGUCCUGAUCUGAUUUCAGGAGUUUAACCCUGAGGAGUUCUACCAUCUGCUGGAGGCGGCGGAGGAUCACGCCAAAGAGGGUCACCUGAUGAAGACAGACAUCCCUCGUUACAUCAUAAGCCAGCUGGGGCUGACCAGAGACCCCAUCGAAGGUGAGGGACGGAGACUCUGAUGUCCCACUUCAGAAAGUUUAUGAGCCAUUUAAACAGAUUAGCUUUUUAGGAUUUCUCUCUUAUUUCAGCUUCUGGUGUGUUACAUACUGACUGUUAUUGUUUUUGUUAUGAUACUUUGCAGACUUCUGUUCUUAACCAUGUGAUUAAAAUGGUUUUCUGUUGACAGAGAUGGUAAACUUGGACAGUUAUGACAGCGAGGGACCGCUCACACCUGAAACAGACGACUCCACAGAGGUAAGAUCAGUUUUUUUUUUCUCUGUGCUCAGUCUAUUUCUUCAUGUUUUUUCGCUCUUUCUUAGAGGGGUAGAUGUCUGACCCUGCAAAGCUCUUGUUUAGUGAUGCGUUUGAGUCUUUUUUAUCACCAACCACCAGCAUCUCAACCCAAAAGGACAACAUAAUAAAGGAUUUAAAGUUGACAGCAAAGUAUCCAACGCAGGGAUGGAUGGAUGAUAGGACUGAUAGAAGAACCUUUGUCAAUCAAAUCAAUAAUAAGAAUUGUUCAACUUCACAGCCUGCUCAUGAACCAGACAAAUCAAAUUAUAUGAAAAAGGAGAAAAAUACUCAAAUAUUAUGUUGCAGAAAUGUACCAUCCAAAAAAUGUUGGUAUUAUGACUGAUUAGACAUUUAUCAAACUCUUCUUGAAACAGUUUUAUUUUGUCUGAUGAAGACCCAUCCUGUCGUCUUCCUCCUUAUUCUGCCUUGCAUUGGAUUUAGUCACAGGAAGUGACAAAUAACCUCUGGAGCCAUGCCUGGUGUUAAUGUUGCUUUCACUGAAAAUGUUUGCGUCAUCUGAAAAUGACUUGGCAUGAGCGUUUCUAUCCGUCUAAUUUAGCUAAUUUGUGCUGAAGAGCUCAGAAACAGGAAACACACCCCCUCCUCAGGCCAUGAAUCUCACAUUAGGCGAAGCUCCAACUAACAAAAUUUAGCUGAGUGGACUAAAUAAUGAACGAGGCGGUGGGGGUCAGAGCCUUGAAAGGAUGACGCAUUACUGUGACUUUUACAUCAUGUUCAAAUGAGCGUUAUCAAAAUUACAGAAGCAAAAGAAUGAAUGUUAGAUGACAGAGGAUGUUUCUGAUGGGUGGAAACCAAAUCCUGGGUACAUUAAGACACCUGGUCCCAGUUAUUUAAUAUUUACUCUGUCUGAUUUCACACUGGAUCAUGUUUUGACCACAGUAUUAUGUUUAUUCACAGGGUAAGAUGAGAGCAAUGAAACCCCCCGGAGAAGCUGAUUUUCAGACCAUCAAGCUGAUCAGUAACGGAGCUUAUGGGUGAGUGGAGCAUCAGCAUUGUUGACUUUGACUCACUUCAAAUUUACAUUUUAUCUCUAUCCAAGUCAUUCCUGAGACCAAACAAUCUUAAUGCAGUAAGGUUUUGAAGUUAAAUAACAUCUUUGAAUCUAUUUUUAGUGCUGUAUACCUGGUGCGUCACCUUGAGACCCGGCAGCGCUUUGCAAUGAAGAAGAUCAACAAGCAGAACCUGAUCCUGAGGAACCAGAUCCAGCAGGCCUUUGUGGAAAGAGACAUCCUCACCUUUGCAGAGAAUCCUUUCGUUGUCUCCAUGUUCUGCUCUUUUGAAACCCGGAGACAUCUCUGCAUGGUCAUGGAGUAUGUUGAAGGUAAGAACAUACAGUAGCUGUGUGUGAGUGCAUUGUAUGAGCAGUGUGAGAGAUGUCCCAGAUUCGCUCUAAGCUGUCCAAACUCUAGACUACUUUUAGGUCCUAACUGGACAGUACAGACAAACUUAUAAUGACACACACCAGACAACUUCAUAAGGUCAAUAAACCCAUGUUUGUUUGAUGGGGAUUUCACACUCAUGGGAUAUCACAACAUCUUGACAUCAGAAGACAAACAAACAUGAAGGAUGAUUGACAUCCUCAGCUGGCUGUCCCGGCAAAUUUUCUGUUUUGCAGUGAAAGACAAAUAAGAGUAUGGGUGCACCUGGCUGUCUUAUUUAUACUCAUAGUGGUGUUUAUGUUUUUGCCGCCAUGUUUCUGAGCUGUAAAAGGAUGCAUGUGUGGUUGGGGAUGCCUCCUUAUCUGCUGAUCUGUCAUUGGUCAAUGUGAGUGUCCCAUUGUAGGCAGUCAGGCUUCAACUUAAAGGGAUAUUCCAGCGUGAAAUUAAUUUAGGGUCAAACACACUGUAACACUGAGUUAGACACCCCCUCGAGAGAUGAAUGUUGCUGACUGCUUGCUUCUCUAGUUAUACCAACUUUAGUAACGACCACACGAUAGCAAUACACAGCGGUCUGAGGAGCUGUAAACAAACCUCAACCCAAACGCCACUCUAUAACCACAAAUAAUGCUCAGAACAGCACCUAACUUCAUUAACAGUACAUAUAGGGUCCCAGCCAUAGUACUAGCCACCAAACAUCUUUUAAGUUUUGCCUGAUUUCUUUAGCAAAGAGACUAAACACAACUCACCUACUUUCUUCCAGCAGCCGCUUGUUUGUAGCGAGACCUCAGGCCAGUCCAUUACGGGCUGCUGCGGGGUGACGCAGCUCAAGGAAGAACAUUUAUGAUCAUUUCUUUAUCAUUUCCUUGAAGUGAUAAUUAUCAUUUUAAUCAUUUUGCACUGCAGGCGCGGUAGUUCUUCUGCCUCAGUGUCUCGGUCUGAUUAUAUUUCCAUGAAGAAAUGAUCAGAAAUGUUCUUCCUUGAGCUGCGUCACCCCGCAGCAGUCUGUAAUGGACUGGCCUGAGGUCUCGCUACAAACAAACGGCUGCUGGAAGAGAGUAGGUGAGUUGUGUUUAGCCUCUUUGCUAAAGAAAUUAGGCAAAACUUUGCCGUAAUAUCCCUUUAAUUGAUUUUUAGAACAAAUAAUCACUUAUGAAAAGCUUUAGAUCAGAGCCGCCCCCCCGCCCCCCCCAAACUGUGAGGCCAACUGUAUUUACAAAUAGUGAGUCAGUUUUUCUAUAAUGCAGUCUCUGUUGGUUGCUACCCCUGCUGGGCCUUAAAAGGACUGCAAGUAAUUUAACUCAAGCUUAAAAGGUUUUAUUUCUAGACUUGGAAUGAACUUUUGGCAUUAUUUAUUUCAUCUUUUAGACAGUUGGAAAGCUCACUGUGUUAUUCUGCUAUUGGAGGUGAUAGGAAUGAGACUGAGAGAGGGAGAUGCAAAAAGAAAGAGAUGGACCAAGGUGAGACUGAUGCAUGUAAAUUAUGUGUCAGACACUGCAGGUUAUCACAACAAAUGAAGAUCUAACAUUGACAAUAAGAAAGAGAAAAAUGUAAAGAUGGUCAGAAAAAACACAGGUAUCAUCUCAGUGUGGGAAACGCUGAGGACAUGAUGAGGGCAACCUCGCCUCUCUGAAACAGACCUAACAUAAUGGUGUGAGUUAUGAUUCACAGCUCAGCAGAGGAUGGCACAGGAAGCAAAUUUAAGGAGACAAAGUGAUUACUUUUUGAUUACUAAUGUGAUUUUCAUCCUAGGGGGGAACAUGAAGACUUGUGCCAAAUGAAACUGCAAUCCAGCACGUAAUUGUUGAGAUGUUUUAAUCAGGAGUUGUUAGGUGAUAAAUCAGCAGUGAAAGCCAAGAAGAACAAGCAUGGCAAAAAGCUAAAGGCACUGCUACCUCGUUAUAAGCUGAUCCCACGGGCACGGAAUAAUUCUACGUUUUUAAAAGGCUGUUCAUACAAAUGUCCCAGAUUAAAAAAGACAUGUUGUGAGUCUUUGAGUAUCAUCUAAUAUCCAGAAUAACUCAAAGUACAGUCAUCUUACUGAAUUAAGGUCACAAAGCUUGCAUGAUUACAGAGCUUGUUACUCACCCCUCUAAGUGGAGGUUAAAAUGUUCUUGGACAAGAGGUACCAGGAGACAUCGGCGGUAAUUGCUAAUGUCAGCAGCAAGCCUAAUCAAAUAAUGAAUUGUGCUGGCAGGAGGAGACUGUGCCACUCUGCUGAAGAACAUUGGGGCUCUGCCUGUGGAAAUGGCACGCAUGUACUUUGCAGAGACAGUCCUCGCUCUGGAGUACUUACACAACUACGGCAUUGUGCAUCGCGACCUCAAACCUGACAAGUAAGAUGAAAAGACUUCAAACUUUUGUUGCCACAUUUUAUUCGAAAAGAAAUUACAAGUUUUAAAAGUUUCAUAUGAACUUUUCUGUGUCUAUUCCCAGCCUUCUGAUUACCUCAAUGGGCCACAUCAAACUCACAGACUUUGGACUUUCUAAAAUGGGUCUGAUGAGUCUGACCACCAACCUGUAUGAAGGACACAUAGAGAAAGACACCAGAGAGUUCUUGGACAAACAGGUAGGAUGAAGACAAUGGUGUUUGAACUGUUUCAUUUUCACAUUUUUCAUCAUUUUUCUUUGUAACCACCAUGACAUCAGCCAGUGGUUUUUGGGAUCCUUCGCUUCGAUACCUGACGACUCGGGUUGAUUGAUUAAAACAUUAACAAGAGUGUACAAAAACGAUCAUGUUUUUGGUUUGAUUUUCUCAUGUAGUCUCAUAUUAUACAAGGCUAUAAAGGGUGACGUUUAAACUUAAAAGCAUAGUUCAAUACAGCUAACUGGCCAAAGGUGUUACACACAACAAUGAUACUCAGCGAAGGGCUGGAGCCAUGAGCCAUGUCUCUGCGAGCUCUCUUUUUGAGAGGAAACAUACACCGUGGUUGGGCUCUAGAGUAUCACCUAUUCUGGAUAUUUUGGACACUGUGAUUACUUGCAGCAAUUUUACUUUCACUUCUUUGCUCUAUAUGGCAAUAUGUCCACAUAGAUCCUCUUUAUGAACAAAUGUUAUUCAGUGUUUAAACAAUUUCUAUACCUCUGUGUGUUCUGUAGCUUUGCAGUAUUAUUAGUUAUAAACAAUAUGUUGCUGUAAAUUAGGGGGGAAAGUAUAAAAAAAUGUUUUAUUCACAGAAAAAAAUCUCUGUUUCAUGAGUAAUUGAUGAUUAUUGAUAUUUCCAGAGAUCAAUAAUACUGAGUACUUUAAAAAUGUUAUCUCUAAUUGGAAGAAAUUGUUUCAACAAAAUCACAUGAGCAGUUGUGCUCAUUUAGAUACACUGCUGCAGUCUGUGUGAAUCCAUAUUACGGUCCAAGUAAAGCUUUAACAUGAAACAUCCUUUGAAGUCUUCAUUUACAUACCAAGAUAUUCCCUCAUUGUGUGCGAGGCAUAAUGAAGCAUGAAAAUAUGACUCUGACAGUAUUUCCUCCAUAUUUUAAUCACCUCUCUGUUAGGCACAUUUCCCCCCCUGAGUCUCUUUUAUUUGGUGCUCAUGCUUCUUAUCCUCAUUAUUUCUUCUGUAUGGAAUUAUGGAGCCCAGAGAUCUGUUAGCAUUUAGCACGUAUGCAUUUGCACAUGAAAACCCUCGCCAAGGCUUUCAUCUUGUCUUGGCAUCUGUGAGAUGAUGUAAUUAGCUGGGCUUAAAUAUGCAUGCUUCCUACUCAGGGUCACCUGUUCCCUGCUUUAUACCAGAAUACUAAUAACAGAGUUUAAAGAAAGGUUUGAAAUAAACUGCUGUGAUGAGCUGGAUGAGAAUAAGAUGGAUUCUGGGGAGUGUACGUGUUUCUAGAACCAAACACCAUCAAAAUUAUGUGAGGGAUAAUGUAUCGUGAGCAGGUUGUUGAACUGAAUCAGACCCCAGACAAGGUGAGCAGAUAUCCAUUUUUUAGUAUCAUGAAAAAAACCCAACAACUCUUAAUUUGGUGACUUAUAUUCACAGAUUGAUAGAAUAAAAGAGUUACCUAAUUUGAGCCUGUCCUUAGGGGAGCAUCCAUAGCAACUGUGCUAUCAAGAAAUACCAGACCGUUGCUAUGUAAUAUUGAUCAGUUAGAAUCCAGUCUUAAAAUAGAUGUGUAAUAAUAGAUAAAACUGAUUGUUAAAUUAUAUGUGUACUGUAUUUAGGACAAAAAUGGUUUUUAUUCACUGGGCUUGUUGUGUCAUUCUUUCUAGGUGUGCGGUACUCCAGAGUACAUCGCUCCGGAAGUUAUCCUUCGUCAGGGUUAUGGAAAGCCAGUGGACUGGUGGGCCAUGGGGAUCAUCCUAUAUGAGUUUCUUGUGGGCUGUGUGCCUUUCUUUGGAGACACUCCAGAGGAACUGUUUGGACAGGUUAUUACAGGUAAGAUAUUAGAGGUCUGGAUGCUGAUAUUUAAAUAGUAUUUUCACUCAUUGACCCUGUUUCUCUUAUUUGUUCGGUAGAUGACAUCGUGUGGCCUGAAGGUGAAGAAGCGCUACCUGUUGAUGCUCAAAAUCUGAUCUCCUCCCUCUUGCAAAGGAAUCCACUGGUUCGACUGGGCACAGGUUACACACCUACAUUCGUAUUUCCUCAUCUGUAGUUAUCAGUGUUUUUUUUUUCCAUUUUACAAGUCUUUUUAUGUUGCAUUCAAAAGACAAAUUGUUAAGCCUCUCUCUUGCAGUCUUUGUGACCUAAACAUGCAAUUCAUUCUGAUAGCAGCAGACCUAUUUUAGGUCAAGUAGCCACGUUUAUUGUUGUAAUAAACAAAAGGAAAUGCUUGUUCAGAGAAAGCAAUGAUUCAGUGAACAAUAGGAUAGCAUUGCCACAUUGUAAAGUUUGAUUAUCAAGCCUUGACCUAGCUAGCAGAAAGAAAAUGCAAGACACUAGAACAGAUUUUCAUAUCAACACAACAUAAGGCGCAUUCCUCCACUCUACCCAGCAGAGGGCGCUGUUACACCCUAAAAAGAAAAUAGCAACUUUUUCCCCAUAGUACGAGGACCUAGAGUAUAAUACCUUUAUUCUUGAAAAUUAAUUUUUAUUAUACUUAAAUGUAGCCCUCAUACUCAGUUGUAGUUGAAAUGAAUAAUGGUUGUCAAUAAUAUUACUAAAUAUAGUUUCUUACAAGCUGUAUGAGUCACAUUUUAUAUCACUUUCAACUUAGCUUUUUCAACUUUUAGCUGUUUAAUCCAUAUCUCUGAGCUUUCUCCUCGACAGCUACCUAUUUUACGCACUCGUGAAUUAAAAAGAAAGUUCAGGUCUUAUACCUUGAUUUUUUUUUUUUAGUCUAUUUUACUCUCUGAAAACUGCAAAAUCAUUCUAAAUGCCAACUGGAGGAGAAGUAACAUUGGUUAGGAAUAUCUGCUGUGAAGCACUGACUUUUACCCUGCUUUUAGCCUUACAGGUUCACUUAACUCAAAUAAACCAGCUUCUGUUUUGGGUCAAAGUGCUUUUAGCUGCUUCAAGACUGCAUUUCUAACCUGCCUAUCUUCCUCUCCCUCCUCCUUUUCCUCUCUUAUCCCUCUAGGUGGUGCUUUUGAAGUGAGGCAGCAUUCAUUCUUUGCAGAGGUAAACUGGAACAGCCUGCUGAGACAGAAGGCAGAGUUCAUUCCCCAUCUUGAGUCUGAGGAAGACACCAGUUAUUUUGACAGUAAGUCCGCAGUGGGGGAAAUGAGGCAGUGACCACAGAUCCCUUUAAGCCCUGGAAAAUCUUUAUCAUUAAAACAGCUUGGGGACUUCUGAGUCAUCUCCAUCUCUGCUACAUUAACCUCAUUAAGUCUCUGGUGUUUCCACGAUGAAUUCAGUAAGUCGAGAGGGGAAGUUUUUUUGGUGAGGUCUCAUCAUAAAAUCCAACAGCUUCUCAGCUAACAUAACCUCGUUUUACUGGUAGUGUUAGCUAAAGUAAGAAAUCUCAGCUAACACUCAUGUUUACUUGUUAUCAGUAAUUUCUGCCUGCUGACAGUAUUGUUGCCUCGCUAACACUAACAUUAGCUUGCUAGUAUAGUUGAGGGUUACCAGUGAUGCCUUGGACGUAUAAAUAUGAUAAAAUAACAACACAGAGUUGAAGACUGGGCUCUCAGCCACCAAUUAACCUCAUCAUAACAUUACACUCCCAUUACCAAGGCCUUCUAAAUCAAAGCCCCCAGAUAUCAAACCAUUCAACACGGAAAACUGAAAUUCACAUUUUCUGAGACAUAACAAAAUAGCUUACACUUGCGUUAUCAUGUUGAACUAACUAGGAAUGUAAGCUGUUGCUUAGCAAAUAAUUGCCUAUUGUUAGUUGGACAACAUUCAAGUUGUCUAGUUGGCAGGGGAUCAACUAUCAAACAAUACAGUCAUCUGGUUAACAGUUAUGUGUUCAGAUUAUGGUAAUAAACAUGGAAAAAAAUAAUGUUAGCUGGCUGUGAUAGUUUUGUAUAUUAGCUAGCAAGCAUUAACUGGCAGCUAUUUUUACUAGUGUAGUUUACUGAGAGUAAUAAUGUUUGCUUGCUAACUUAACAGUAAUAUUGCCAUGCUACCAUUACUGCCGUGAAGCCAUCAGUAACAGUGGCUGGCUUGCUAGCUGAAUUGUUGACCAACAAUAAUCUUUGCUGACUCACAGCAAAUGUUGGCUAGCCAAAAAAGAUUGGUUUCUCACAGCAGUGUUGGUGAACAAUUGUUGCUUCAGCUAGCUACAGCAAAGUCAUCUUGCUAACAGUAAUGCUGACUUGCAAACUGUGAAACUAGUUGGUUAAUGGUAAUUUUGAUUUGACACUUGUAAUGUUGAUCGGCAACCAAUGGCGCAAGCUCACUGGAAGUUGUCUUGGCUAGCUAACGUGGUGUAGCCUACCAAUAGAAGAGUUUGCCUGCCAAGAGAGAUGUUGGGCAGCACUGGCAAUAUUAGCCAGCUUGAUUAUUUGAUUUAGUUGAUCAUUGAUUAUUAUAAUGUACCUUUCUUCCUCAGCCCGGUCUGAGCGCUACCAUCAUGUGCAUUCAUAUGAUGAGGAUGAUACCAAUGACGAUGAGCCUGUGGAGAUCCAUCACUUCUCCUCUUGUUCUCCUCGCUUCAGCAAGGUCUUCAAACCUACACUUUACGCUUCUUUUCCCAACACAUAAUUAUCCUCAUUACACAUCAUAGUUCAACCAUUGCCCCCCAUAACCUUGACUAUGUUGUCAUGUGGUCCUACAGGUGUACAGCAGCAUGGAGCAGCUGUCUCAGCUGGAGCAUAAACACCCUGGAGUGACUUUAAGGGAGCAUAAGGUGCCGAGAGAGGAUCGAAUGGCUAAAAGAGAAAGUCUGGGCAGCUUCACACUCAGGGACAAGAGCUGGAGGACCGGAUCACCUGAGAUGUACGUGCAGCUGACAGGAAAUGUUCAGAAGCUGUUUUUCAACUGAGAAAUAUAAGAUAAAGUAAUACUACUAAAGAACUAUUGCCUUUUUUUUUUCAGGAAGCGCUUGUCCUGCUCAGAGUCCUCCUUCCUUGAGAGCGACUCCAGUCCACCAUCUGGAGCACGAAGACGCUUCUCUGCCCUCAUGGACACACACCGCCUGGCCUCCCCUCUGGAAGUCGACUCUGAGCUGACCCUUCCAAGCAGGCAGCCUGCAGUUAAGGCCAGAGGGACAUCUUUGGAAGGAGCUAUGGGUGCCACGAAUGCUCAAGGGGACCAGAGACAGUUACUUAAAGAUAGUAAUGGGCUCAGCGCUGGAGGUAAGACUGGAUGAUACUUCACCAAAUAUGAGAGGAACAAGUAUUUUGAAAGUUCAGGAUAGAGAUCAAGGUCACUGAAAAGUUGGUUCACCCUUUGCUUAAAAUAACACAUUAUCUGCUUUAAUUAUUAUUAUUGAUUUGUGUGUAUCACAGAUAAGUUUUUGAGACCUGCUGAGGCAUCUGUGCCUCCACAAGGCAGUCCCUCCGUUCUGGGGCUCCCAGACCCAACAGGGCCCCGUGGAGCGACCACAGACCUGGUCCUGAGGAGGGUUCGUCACCAGCAGCUCUCGGCUGAAGGAGAGAAACGUAACUCACGACCAGGAACCAAAGUCAUCAAAUCUGCUUCUGCUACGGCUUUGUCCGUCAUCAUUCCUGCAGGUGAAGGCCAUAAUGACAUGACACAGUCUACACUAAAAGUUAUUUUCAACAAAGGAAUCUGAUUGGGCGAGAGGUAUUCCACGACCACUGACAUCGGGAUAGCAUCAUUAUGUCAGCUGUUAUGAUCACAGCUAAUCAGGAUUUCAGUGAAUGACCUAUUUCUAAAAUGUGUCACUGGUGCACUCGAGAAAAUUUCUAUAAACUUUCAGGAGCUCUGCCCCCAAAGUUUUUCAUAGAUGUUGUUCAAGCAUGUCCUUGAAAUCAUGAAGUCUCCCUUUUGGACAGGAAAAAGUUUAAUGCGUUUUUGACAUGUGUGAAGAAAACAAUAGAGUGCAGGCAUUUGUUUGGUAAUAUUCAGUUCCAGUCACUUUGCGGAACUAAAUCUUUAUGCGGAGCCAAAUGAAACGUAACAUUGAAAAAUACAUUGUUGUUGCUCAACACUUUCAAGCACUGAAAGCUGCUUGUAGAACUGUUGUUUAAAAGUAGUACCACACAUAAAGUUGUGCUGUAGUUCUUAAUACAAGCAUUGCUGUGAUUUGGUCUUUUGCACAAGAAAAUUGGCCAAGGGAUAAUCACAAAACACUUUUCUAUUAGACAUAACUUAAAUACAAGGCAAUAAAGGACUGUGACUAAAUUCUGUAUCCUUGACCCUGUCCCUCUCUCCUCAGUGGAGCAACACGGCGCCUCCCCUCUGGCAAGUCCCAUGUCUCCACGCUCCCUCUCAUCCAACCCUUCCUCCAGGGACUCGUCUCCCAGCAGAGACUACUCUCCCAUGGUCAAUGUCAUACACUCUCCAGUCACUAUACACCGCUCUGGGAAGAAGUACGGCUUCACUUUGCGGGCGAUCAGAGUCUACAUGGGAGAUAGUGACGUUUACAGUGUACAUCACAUGGUCUGGGUGAGUGAGCAGACAAGAUAAAUGUAAUAAAAUACAAAGAAGAAUGGGCCCAGACCCUGAGGAACACCUUUUGUGACAUUUUUAAUCAGAGGCACUGUAAAGAGUUUUUAACUGGCUUUUAAAGAGUGUCACUCUGAUACUGAUGCUUCCUCAUGACAUACACAGUAAAAUUAGCAGCAAGAUUUGGUGUUAAUCCCUGUUCUGAUGGAUUUACCGUGAAAGAAGAAUGAUUUGAUGUUCAGCUCUCAUCCUAGAGUGUCUGUGUUUGAACUCUGCAGAUCAAAUGUGACAGUGUGAAGUCAUUUUUACUCUUAACCCAUUUACUUGACAGAGACAAAUGCAUGAUGCAUUGCUUUAUAGUAAAUAUGAUGUAGAUAAUAUACAGACUGGUUUCUAGUCUGAACUAAUUUGCAGCCUUUUUCUGUAUUUAAAAGAUCUGUCUACUAUUUGUUCGCAUUCACAACAAACAUGAGAAGCCAAAUCUUUGUGACAGUGGGUGAUGGUGCUCAUGGGAAAUUUUAACUCAGCAAACCCAGCAAACACCAUGGGACCAAGGGGUCAAUGGUGUUUUGCUGGGUUGAAUCAACAUAAAUCAUAGACUGUAUAUAUUAUGGACAACUUGGUUCCACCUCCUGCCAGUAUACAGAUUUGAAGCCGAAAAGCUCUCGGUAUUUCCGCGAUUCUUCUUCAUUUCCUUAAACCAACAUUGCACAGUAGCGUUGUACGCAAUCUUCAUACAACCAUAGGCUGUAUCAAGUGUCAAUCAUAGCAAACAUGAACCCCCUAAUAACUUUUAGAAAAAAAGCCGUACAGAAAAAAGUGGACUUGAGCACAAACCAGUCUUACGAUAACUACUUGUCAACAUCGCAACCAGGAGGGAGAAAAAUUCAUAUUCUGUGUAAUAAAUUUCUAAAGUUUGUCCACAGUCCCAUGAGCUUUGCUGGCGGAGGCGGGAUUUAUGACCUAUACUACAGCCCGUCAACAGAGGGUGCUGUUCUCGCAGUGGCUUCACCCAGCGAGGAGGCAGACUCUGUCCAUUCUUCAUACAGUCUAUGAAAGAAACACAAAAACUCCUCACAGUGAUUUUAGACAUAAAAUUUGUCUUAAAGUCCUUUUGUUUCUAAUCACAGCAUGUGGAGGAUGGCGGUCCGGCCCAAGCUGCUGGACUCAGCGCUGGUGAUCUCAUCACUCAUGUAAACGGGGAGUCAGUCCAUGGUCUUGUCCAUACAGAAGUAGUGGAGCUGAUCCUGAAAGUGAGGACUACUUACCUUUAUAACUUAUAGUUUGAUUGAAAGUUUUUAUUAUGAGGGUCAGCUGAAUUUGAUCUUAGAUGAUGUGAUUUAUCGUCCUUUUUUGCCUGAUCUUCAGAGCGGAAACAAGGUGACAGUUACGACAACUCCAUUUGAGAACACCUCGAUUAAAGUGGGUCCAGCCCGCAAAUCCAGCUAUAAAUCCAAGAUGGCAAGACGGAGCAAGAGAGCAGGAGCCAAGGAGGGGCAGGAGUGAGUUACUGAAAUAAACAGAACCGCUUCAGUCCACAAAUACAGAAUCUAACAUUCCUUUAAUGAAUUAAUUCUGCUCACUCUGAUCUGUUUCUGUCUCCAGUAAGAAGCGCAGCUCCUUGUUUAGGAAAAUCACCAAACAGUCCAACCUGCUUCACACCAGCCGGAGCCUCUCCUCUCUAAACCGCUCACUCUCAUCUGGAGACAGUCUCCCAGGCUCUCCUACCCACAACCUCUCUGCUCGAUCGCCCACACAGACGUACCGCUCGGCUCUUGAAUCCCCGUACCUGGGUUAGUAUGACGGUCAAGAGUACAGAUGAGUGUCUCCACCUGAUUUGACUUUAUGUAAGACCUGAUAGCAGCAUCCCAGUCAAAAUCAGUUCAAUAAUAUGAAUUGAGGAUAAAUCAUUCUAAUGAGAGGUUUUGAAACAAAAUUUCUGGGUAAUUUUUUAUACAAUCAGAAACUUAGAGUGUAACAAAGUUGAAAGUUUCAGCUUUGUUUCUUGAAAAAAGUGAUUUGUGCAUCUCUGACCAAACAGUGUUCAAAAACAAUCUGAACUUCUUGACCUUAUCACUGCAACAGAGAUUGAACUGACAAAGCAUGGACUCCUAUAAUGUUGUCUGCUGCCUCCUAGUGGGUCAUAUAGGUACUGCAAGUGGACCAUGAGAGCUUAUCAGUAUUUUAUGAUUAUUUUUUUGCGGUUAUUUUGUUGCUUAUCACGCUUCUUGCAGGAGGACCACUACAACAGUCUUCCUAAUGUAUGAUAAUUAGAAUUUAACAUGGAAACACUUAACUAUCUAUUUCAGUGUUGAUGAGAGCAGUAUGAUUAGAGGUUUAAAAGGCCCCAGAAUAUUUCUGAAUUUUUUUAUUCAGAUUUUUAUUUAAAAGGAGCCUGAAAAUUAAAUCAUGUGAAUAUUUUAUGUGGACAUUGUAAAAACUGGGCUGUUUCUUCAGUUGCUGUACAGACACCUACCUCUUUGCACCAGUUUCAGGCAUCAAAAAGUGCAAUAUAAAAAUUGUGAAUCUUGUAAUGAUAGAUAUAUCAUGCUAUACGUCACUGGAAAGGUCCUGUUUUCAACUCUCAGGAACCAUUUUAAAUUUUUUUGAAUUGUGCCUCUCAUCCAGGAGUUACGGUACUGAGAUGCUAAUUAGAAAUAGGCAUUGCAAAUCCUGUCGCUGGUGACAGGUUGGUAAUCCUAGGGUUGGUGCAGAAAGCUGUAGAUGAAUGAUCUCUUUUACCUCUUUUGAUCCAGUUUUAAAUAUAAAACAGAAAUCUCAUCAAAUCAGCAGUUAUCGCCACAGAAAUGUUCUUUCCUUUCAUUACAAAAAAAACCCCAGACAUUUCUUCAUUGAAUUCUUUUUGUUUUCUGCUCAGGCACCUCCUCUCAGAGCAGCUCUCCUGCAUCCAGCACCCCCAACUCUCCUGCUGCCUCCCACCACAUGAGACCCAGCUCACUUCACGGCCUGUCACCAAAGCUCCACCGCCAGUACCGCUCUGCACGCUGCAAAUCUGCUGGAAACAUCCCCCUGUCCCCCCUCGCUCACACCCCGUCCCCGACCACCUCCUCUCCUCCCCCUCUCAGCGGCCACACCGUGGGGAGCUCCAACACUACACAGAUGUUCCCAGCCAAGCUGCACUCCUCUCCUCCAGUUGCUCGUCCUCGACCUAAAAGUGCAGAGCCGCCCCGGUCCCCUCUGCUGCAGCGGGUGCAGUCUGCAGAGAAGCUGGGCGCUCCAAUCCUUCCCUCUUCCUCUUCUUCCUCAUCCUCACCUUCCCCUUUGACAGGUGGGGUGUCUUUACGCAAACACAGCCUGGAGGUGUCACAUGGUGAUUACAGGAGGGAGUCCUUCCACUGUGAGCACAGCCUACAGAGUCUGCUGGAGAUGGAGGGAGAGAACGGGCCUGCUCCCCCAUCUCCUUCAUCAUCAUCCUCCCCUUCUCCUCCAAUGGGAGGGGAGAUUGGAGGCCUGAAGCCGGCUCGGAGGAUGGGGAGGCAGGAGUCACCACUCAGCCGUGAUUCACUACUCACAACAAGAGAGAAAGACACCCAAACUACACCGUCUGAGCUCGCAGGGCAGAAAACAGAGAGCAAAGACGGUAAAACUGAGUCCAGGAGCAGCAUUACUGAAAGUAAAACAACUGCUGAGGGCUCAAAAAAUAACAUCAGUGUCUCUGCUGUGGACACAAGGUCCAGUCCAGGGGUAAGUUUUUCAGCUGCAGAGGCCAAACUCAGUACAGGAGACAAACCUCAAAGUGCAAGCAGUUCAAGCUUUGAGGCGACAGUCUGCAAGAGUAAACUCAGUGAGAAAACCUCGACUCAAGCCUCAUCAAAAAGCACCCAGCUGCAGGACAGUAAGCAGCAGUCAGGCAGUGCAACGACAGCCAAACCUCAGGAGAGCGCAGAGGAGAAAGUGAAAGCCACUGCAGGAGCAGAAAAAGUAAAUAAUCAGAAGGUGACGUCUGCAGAGCCGUCCAAGCAACGCAAAGGCCUAGAGAGAGGAGAUAAGGGAGCUGGAGAUAAAACGACAGAGACGAUUAAACACAAAGGACCUGCGCCCCCAGUCCCCACCCAGGUUCAAACACAUGCCCCUGUCAGACCUAAAGUGGAGAAGGUAUCAAGCAGCUACCGUGGGGCCAAAGAGGAGAAGCCCCACCUGGAGGUCCUGGAAGAGAACCCCAUGUCGCCCUCCUCAAACACAACCUCACCCUUCUCCAGCAAGUCUCGCCCCAUGUCCCCCGGCGACAAAGCCAGUUUCGUCACCCAGCUGACAAGUGUGGCCAAAACAGUCCUGGGGCCCAUGAAGGGGUCACAGGAAGGGGCUAAAGUGAAAGACAGCUCUAAGUCAGGAGAGGAGAAGCGAGGGAGCGCCGCAGGAAAACCGGAGGGUCAAAUUGGAAACAGCCGCAGAGGGGCUCAGGCGACAACUUCAGCAAAUGCAAACCAGUCCGACAAGGGGAACAGUCGCAGCUCGAAGCAUCACUGGUGAUAAAAGAGCUUCAGAAUGAGUCAAACUCUCCCAUGUAAUGCCUUCUAGUGUAGCGUCACACACAUAUCAUGAAUCAUCAUGACUUUAAACAGAAGCAGAAAAGACCAAAAAGAUGACAUGUAAACAUAAAAAUGCAUCAGCCCAGUUUGACAAUGUGUGUUCAUGGUUUCAUAAUGUAGGCUCGUGUAUGUUCUGUAUGUUCUUCAUUAUGUGAUGUACAUAGAGAAAAAUGUCUUAACGCAUGUCUGACACUGUAAAAAAAAAAAAGAGAGAAUAUCUAAAAAUAAGAAAAAUAUACGCAGACCUAAAGGUAGUGAUCACUGUGAACAACUUUUCAAAACAGGAAAACUUUAAAAAUAUGAACUAUUGACUGUAUAUAAGGAUGGGCGGCAUAUCACCACUUUCUAUUGCUGUACAGUAGUAAAGAGGGAAAAGGGGCAGGGCAAGACAACACCCUCAAGUGUUAGUAGCCUGUUUGGUUAAGUGUGUCAGCCUUUUUUUGCACAUUUGGGUUUUUUCAGUCUGUCCUGUUAGUCUCUCAACAACACAUCAGGACAGGAGAAUUGUUGCCAGAGCUUAACAAACUUAGGCCCGAACUACACGAAUGCGGAUAUAUUCCAAACCGCACAUAUUUAUGUCCGAUUAGGCCUCCCUACCACACCAAAACGGGAGUUUGGAACACUCUAACCGGAUAAAUCUGAAUCCGGAAAAACAAGUGGAGAAAUAAAAAAAUAUCCGUAUCCCGUAUCUGUAGUGGAUUCGUGUGGUUGGACUUUUACGGAUCGAUGACGUCAAAUCGCAGCUCGCGCAUGCGAAUUAAAAAGAAAAACAACAACGAUGGCGGACAGACAGGGUAUUUACGUUUGUUUUGCCCUUUUGGGGCUAAUUUCAGCCUUGCAAGUGAACCUUGUUUUAUACAAUUACAUCCACCAGUCAGCCAGCUCACAGACGCGUCUGCUGCGGCCAAUACUUUUAUUGGUCACAUGGUCCGUCACAUGGACCCGACGCACUAGCGUAGCUUUCGCAAACAAUGCAUGACGCAUCACGCUGUUACGAUUCAUCGGCCAAUCAGUUAGCUUUGUUGCUGAAUUUUUUUCAAGCGGCACCAGAUAGGUUUGAGUUUGAAGGCUACGUGUAGACGCAGAUAUUUUUGAGAACUAACACGUGUGGACAGAUACAUUUAUUUAGACGGGAGUACAAAAAUAUCCCGAUAAAUAAAUAUCCAUAUACGUGUAGUUCGGGCCUUACAUCUCAUUACGUCUUGUUUUGCUUUGCCAUUCUGUUUGAAUGCAGAGUACUUUGGGCUCUUAUUGGUCAAUGUCACUGCCUUGAUAGAAUGAAUCGUAGAAAGCAAAGAGAAAAAAACAAGUGCUGAACUUGAUAUGGCCUUUAGGGUCAAUAACUGUGAUUCAAAACCCCUGCAUCUUUCAGGUCAGACUAUAAUCUUUCAAUAAUGGCAUAUUCCCAUCUUUGAGGUAGAGGCUGUACGCUCUACCUCCCCCUGCCCCUUCAGUGUCAUGAAGAAGGGAUGAAUGAAGAGAACAGUUUAUGUUAGACAGAGCACAGGCAAAGCAGAGCCAGAGCUUAAACUCACCCCUACCAGGUUAGUUGUAUGCUAUACCUCCUUCCACUCCUCUGUUUUCAUAAAUGAAGAGUAGAGAGAAGAACCAAGAUAUGAGUCUGUACUGAGAUGUCAGAAGGACAGGGUUGGCAGAGACAGAGAAAAAUCUUAUAAGGGAUAGAACUGCCUCCAGUCAGGUUACUCUGCACACUUUACACACCCCACUUCCCCAUUUUCUUAAGGGAAGAGAAAAAAAGACAAAUGCCAUUAGAUGCUACAAAAAAAGACAGGGGAAGCAGAGCCAGAGCAAACUGUUUGGGCCAGAGCUCACCCCCACUAUUUUAGGCUGCACACUCUAACUUCUCUUUCACCUGUAUUUCUGUUUAUGAAGAGCAGAAAUAAUAAUACCAACAGUCUAGAAAUGUUAGAAACAGAACAGGGAAAACAGAGACAUUUUGGGCUAGAGUUCAGCCCAGCUGGGUAAGGCUGCACACUCUACCUACCCCUACUACUCUAUUAUCAUGUAAGAGAAAGAACCAUUUAAGAGUAUGAAGUGAGAUACCACAAAGAGGACAAGGUAGGCAGAGCCAGGGUGAAACGCCUGUUUGGGCUGGAACUCACCUUCAUCAAGUUAGACUGCACCGUCCACCUCCCCCUUCUGCUCUUUUACAUAAACAAAGGAAAGUCAAAGCCAGAGAGUAAAGCCUGUUUCAGCCACAGCUCACCCUAAUGGUGUCAGGCUACACACCCUACCUCCCCCUACUUUCCAGUUUACAGGUCAAAAAAUAAAAUAAAAAGAGAGAACCAAGUUUGAAGACAUGUUAGGAAAAAAGUGAGGAAGGCAGUCAGUCAGUCAGUCGGGGGAGCUCCAAAUGAUUUGGCUUCACUUACAGGGUCCAUCUUUCUAUACAGUCUAUGGUGCAAACAAGCUGGAUUCUGUUGUAAAUGGGCAUUAUUCACAUUUCAACUCAGCUCCAGUAAUUUAGUUCAGCUAAACCAUGAAAAAUCAGCCCAAACUUUAUUCUCCUUAGUUAAUAAAAGAGUUUAGACUUGUAGUGGUGAUGGAAACUGGACCAAGACACCAAAACAGCAGCAAAGAUGGAAUCAAUUCGCAUCAGAUUUGUUUAAGGGCUGAGUAUCACUGAUAAGAAAGAGAAAGAUGAGGUGAGCUUGCACAGGGACACGAUGCAAUGUGCAAAUGACGCCACUUUUUAUGGUGUCCCCGAUGACUUUGUUUACAAUAUGCUGAAGAUGAGAGGAGACAACAGAGAAAAAGGGUUGCAAUAAGCCGAGCAAAUUCUUUUAGUUUUAGAUGCUUUCCAUUCAUCAUAGUGCAAUGAUUUGUUUUAGGCUUUUUAUCGAAUGAACUAGUGUGACUUAGUGUGUAAAGAACCAAAAUGAGACAGAGAGUAGGGUUGGAAAGCUCUCUCGCUGUUUUUUUCUAUUUAUGCAGCUGUUAGGUUUAUUGUCAAAUGUUCAGUCAGAGGAAAAGUGCCAGUCUUUUUAUUUAAAGAUGAUGUGAUAUUCUUUGUUUACACUUAAAUGUACAAAUAUAUGCAAUCCAACAGUGCCCGGUUCCAUUAAACUGAGCACGCUCGCUGUGUGACAUAGUUGUAGACUACACACUGGAGAGAAACAGGAGUCACAUUUUAGUCGUGAGGUCUUGUUUGUUAUUGUGUACUGCAGAAAUGAUAUCUCAGACUUGUCUUAGACUGCCAGCUUGCGGACGGUAUCACACAGCACCAUAGGUCCAGGGGUACCCAGUGGAAACAAUAAUAAAUCUGGACUGUAUAAAUGUCCUAGUAUCAUCCUGAAAGUAAACACAUUGAAGUUGAUUUCAGAUAAGUUUUACAUUCUGAACUAUGUAAGUUCUGAUACUAUCUCCAUGUUUGGACAGCUAACAUCUGUGUUUUUGUGGUGUAAGGAUAAUGCACUUUAUUUUGUGUAAAAUACUUUUAUUUAUUUGGUCUGACUAUUGAUUAAUUGUCUUUUUGUUUGAUCUAUUUAUGGAACUUUUAUUUAUUCAAACUUUUUUACGUAUCAGUUGGUGAAAUUCUGCUUUACUACUGAAAAGAGCUGUUUAUACAUUUUACAUUUAGUCUAAGAAAUCAAUGUGAAAACCUGGAUAGUGCGCAGAUUGACGCUGUCGGUCCAUAAAUUGUGAUGUUGCUGUCAUGGUCAUUUUUGUCCUAGUGUUAACCCUCUUUUCUUUUUUUUCCUUUUUUGAUUAAACAACCAUCUUUGACUGUUGUUGUCCAUUACAUUGCUGAAUAUUGAAGUGACACCGUUGUGAAAACCAAUGCAAAAAAAAAAAAAGGCCUACUGUGCAGAAAUGUAAUAAAAUGCAGAGAAAAUCCUUUUUUGUCUGAGUUUCUUGACAUAAUACGGGUAAAAUGUGAACGGUCCGUGUCUCUUUCUGUAAUUGUUUAUAACGUUUGGAAACAGAUAUCAAAAAUAGAAAAUCGACUGGUUAUUUCAUUUUUGUUUUAAAAUAGAAAAACCAAAAUUGAAAUACAGCUUGAUUUUCUUUUUUGUUGUCUGGAACAAGUGAGGAAAAGUCACAUAACAGUUUGAUUUUCAAUUUUCAUUUCUUUUUUUUUUUAUUUGUACAUUUAAAGAUAACUUUUUUUUAGGCUUGGUGCCUGUAUGUUGGGGUUUACCCCAGUGGGUGAGAGGGUAGCCACCCUUCGCCUUUGGGUGGGGGGAAGGAUCCCGACUGUUGGUUGUGCUUAUGCUCCAAACAGCAGCUCAGGGUAUCCAACCUUCUUGGAGUCCUUGAAAGGGGUGCCGGAGAGUGCUCCCUCAUGGGACUUCCUUAUUCUGCAGGGGGACUUCAACGCCCAUGUUGGCAACAACAGUGAGACCUGGAGGGGCGUGAUUGGGAGGAACGGCUCCUCUGAUAUGAACCAGAGUGGCGCUUUAUUAUCGGAUAAUCACAGAUUAUCCAUAUUGAACACCAUGUUCAGACAUAAGGGUAAGGCAUGUAAAGCGCUAUUCUGAGGGAGUGAACAUGUAUCACAGGUUCAAGUUUAUGGUUAUUAAAAGGUCAAAAUUCUGCUGUCCCCUCACAGACACCUCGCACUAUUAGGCCAUGAGCCAGGGGGGUUGGUCGGUAUCAACUGAGGGGAAUAAUGCUCAUAGUGAUUUUUGACAUUGUAUAGAGUUGGAAAAUAUGUGAUAGCAUUGCAGCAGUGGUAGCUAAAUGGGUGCUAUCACGCAUUUUUAUUUUAUAACACUAGGCGAAAAUUACAUGGGUCGAUAUAUGAAAACAUACAACUUAACCCCCCCAAAAAAAACCUAUAGAAAGGGUUUCUUUUCACCAUACAACAUUUCUAUAAGGUUUCUAGACUAACAUAAGUCCUAUGAAAUCCUAGUUGGAAAAGUAUGUUAAUUUCGCCAGACAACAAUACGCAAAUGAGCUCAAAACUCAUUAAAAUUUGCCCAAAAUACUCCUUUUCCCCUGAACUAUUAUCACAGUGAAACUAUUAUCACAGUGAAAGCGCAUUGAAAGAGGGUGAUGGCAAUGUUGCUUUUGGACAUGCCUCUAACCUGAAAACUGCCCGGCUUGGUUGUACCUACCAGAGGUAUAACCCUGGCCAGGGUAGUCUUCAGGGUCACUGAGGCACACAAGCCUCCCCACCACGACAAGGUAGCAACAAUAGGGGAGGGUUUUUUUGUUUUAUGUUUUUUUUUUUGGUAUGUUUAUUUUUGCCUGGAUCCUCGCCACCUUCUCUACAUGUCAGUUCCUGGCUUGUUCUUUGCUUUGUUCUGGGACAGAGUUAAACCAAGAAAGGUGGUUUUGGUGUAUAUCCCUACGUUUGCCGCUCAGGAAAAGUGUAGGCCUGAAUCUCUCCAAUUUUCAAUUAUACAGAUCAUAGUUUUGACUACUAUACGUUCAUGACCUAAUAAUCAAAAUCAUUUUCAUCAACUUCUUACUCACUUCUGACUUACGCCACAAAACCAACAUUUGUUUCCAGUGAAUGCAUGUAAUUUUAGAUGUUUGGUGUGGUCACAAAGGUCGUUGGUGCAGAUUGGCGGCCUGUUGGAUUUUUAAUUUGCAUGUUUUUAACUGUAACUCUGUAAUGCAUGCAUCAAUUUUUGAUCACUGUCAGCAAACUAUGAGCAGGAAAAAAACUGUCAAACACAGUGGAAAUCACACUGAAUAUAAACCAAAGUUUAACGACAUUUGACUACUGUACUUUGGUUUAAUGACAUUGAAUGGAGUUUUUUUUUUUUCAUUUAAUAUUUUUAAAUGAGUGUGGGGAAAACCAGAGCACCUGGAGAAAACCCCUUCACCUUGACAAGUGCUCUAUCAAUAAAGCAGCUGAAAUUAUCCAAAAAGGAAUUGUAAGUGCUUAGCACACUUCAUAUGCAACUUGCACUGUUUCUUGGCUUAUGAACAGUGCAACUUGCAGUGUGUACUUUAAAAAUGAAAGCACUACUCUAAAAAUCUUGAGAGGAAGAUUAACAAGGAAAUGCAUACCAUGCUCUCAAGUAUUACUUUGCAAAUUGAAGACAGAGCAUAAAAUACUACACGGAUGGUUUUCCAUGAGACUCUUAGCAAUAAAACAGCGGUGCGUUCUAGUAUGUACUCAGGAGUUGAGAGUCCUGCACAUCUAGCUGUAAAAAAAUCCGCCCGGGCCCUUGUACUGACCGCAAGGGCCCUUGUACUGACAGCAAGGACCCCAACAGCAACACCCAAUCCAACUGCAGGUGCUAUGGUUUUCAUCCAGGUAAACAGUCCUUGUGCAAGGCCUCUUCUUGGGUUUGAUGGUUGGGAUCUCCUGUUGUCUGCCAUGUAAGGUAUAAUGCUGCAGCACACGGGGCACAACAUCCUCCUCCGUACAAGAUGAGUCAGAGUAUAUAUUGAUGGGUUGCCUCUCUGCUGUCUCAUCAAACACACUAAAGGUGAUGAACCAGGCCUUUCUUCCACAUCUGAUUCACGUGCACAAGGUUGUGGAGGUGGAUACUGGAUCGGUCCUUUGGUGGCAGAAUUGAAAAGGUGCCUAACAGCUUUUGUUACUAAUGCACCAACAGCAAAUCCUAAA